AGAACUAGGGCUCGUGCGAGGCAGAAGGGAUCCCGCGGCCAUUUUGAGCCGCGGCGGCUUGGGGCUUUUCUUCCGACGAUGGGGCUGGGCUGGGCCCCUCCAGUAAGGCCGGCCCUUUUCCUGUUCGGCUUGGCGCUUUUGGCGAGGCCGGCCGGCGCCUAUAAGCUGAACACGCCGAAGGUGCUGCUGCCCUUCAGCCGGGACAAGCGCGUCCCCUUCGUGCUGGGCGCUGAGGGCGGUUGCUACUCCUGGUGAGGGGCGGGACCCUGCGAGAGGGGCGGGGCUUAGGCGGAGAAAACGCGAGUGUAGCGGUGACGUCAUGGUGGGCGUGGCCAGGGGAACAGGUUCAACAUUUUCAUUAAUACCAGAAGUGCUUGUUGGCCGUUUGCAGUCUAAUAGCCUGACCUCCUCGCAGUUGCUUUGAAGAUAAAAUGCUCCGUGUUGGGGUAGGCAGGGGAGAAGGGGAACCAUGCUAAGCCGCUUCAAGAUCCAGAAAAAUAGGAAUGUACUUGCAGUGUUUUAUUUACCUCCUGCCUUUUUCCCCACAAGGAGUUCUAUGAGGUUAAUCUAGGUAAAAGGUAAAGGGGCCCCUGACCAUUAGGUCCAGUCGUGGCCGACUCUGGGGUUGUGGCGCUCAUCUCACUUUAUUGGCUGAGGGAGCUGGCGUACAGCUUCCAGGUCAUGUGGCCAGCAUGACUAAGCCGCUUCUGGCGAACCAGAGCAGCGCACAGAAACGCCGUUUACCUUCCCACUGGAGCGGUACCUAUUUAUCUACUUGCACUUUGACGUGCUUUCGAACUGCUGGCUUGGCAGGAGCAGGGACCAAGCAACAGGAGCUCACCCCGUUGCGGGGAUUCGAACUGCCGACCUUCUGAUCGGCAAGUCCUAGGCUCUGUGGUUUAGACCACAGCGCCACCUGCGUCCCUUGAGGUUAAUCUAAGCCUCGAUUAUUGCUCAUUGAAAACUCUCCAUUUUAUCCUCCCAACAACCCUGCGAGGUAGGUUAAGCCGAAAGAGGUAUCGACACCUAGUCAGCUUCAUGGCUGAGUGGGGUGAUUUGAACCCAGGUCUCUUAGCUCCUAGUUCAACACACUAACUACUGCACCACCAAUGGCUCUCCUUCCCAUGCACCUCAUGCUGUAGCAAAUGGCAGUGACAUGAAAACAUAGAACUGAUGAGCAAAUGAUAAAUAGUGAGAUUGAUAUAUUUGCCUUCCCUCAAAAGCACUCAAAUCAAUGUAUCAUUUAAAAAAACAAAUGCUUACAAAAGACACCAUCCAAAAAAUGAGAGGAGGGAGAGGGAGCUGAGCAAAUUUGGGUACUAGUUCUUACGUAACUGCUCAAAGGACCUGGUGGAAUUACUGCUGAUGGAAACGAAGGGGAGGAGCCAAGUGGCAGGUGAUCCUUGCCACCAAGAAGAUGGAGGGUUCCUUGCUGCCUCAGUUCCACAUUUGCAUCUCUCUGCUCUUCCUUGAGAGAGGGGCACAGGAGAGUGCAAGCCUUGUCUCAUCUGCUCUGCAGGUACUCCACACGCCAUGACACAGUCACCAUUGAUCCAAUGUACGAGAAUGGGACGGCUUGCUCUCAGAAAGCUUUGCUGACCACCUGCUCUACACAGGCCACAAAGCUGGCCAGCGUUAUUUUAGCAGAGGAGACAGGUAGGUGAGCUAAAGAAGGGGAAUUCUGAAACAGAUUUGUUUCUAUAGGGAUAGGGGUCUAGGGUGCCAUUCAAACCUGGGGAAUGAAGAACCCCAAACGCUGAGCAUGUGCAGAGUGUGCCUUCCCUUUAUCACUGAAUGAGCAAUUUGGGGGCUCAGAAAAGUUUCCCAGACAAGCAGGGAUUGUCCACAUCCACCCUUAUUCUUCCCCUGUUAUGAGACACAGAUACAGGAUUACAUGUGGUGGGUGGGCGACACCCACUUUUGUUCCUCCUCCCAGUGACAGGUCAUCUGCUGCGUUGUGAUGUCAUUGUGGAUCUGAUAGACCAUGUUGAGAUCAUCUCCCGAACUCGAGAGAUCUAUGUGGAAGACUCCCCACUCGAGCUGAGUGUGAGAGCUCUGGAUGCUGAAGGUAAUCUUACCGGGGGUAGCCUGUGACACUCGGAGCACCUGCUGGAAAGAUAUCUGUAUGCUCUGCAUUUGCAAACCUCUUAAAAUAUUGUAACCAAAUUUUGGACACCGUUUUGAAUCAAGACUGCAAACUGCACCUUUCAAAACUGCACUGAUUUUUUGUUUCGUUUUUUAGAAUUUACAAGCAAUGCUGGGUAUGAGGCAGCCAGUCACUUAUAAGCCCAGUUCUUCAUAUCACUCUGUCUACAUUAUUGUUAUUAUUCUUAAUUACUUUUCUCUCUGGGGUUGAUACACCCUUUUGACCUGCUAGUGGGACUCUGUUUUCUCCCUUUUGACAUGACAAGAUAGGUCACAGUGCUCUGUUAACUAUUUAUGGUGUACGCCUAAAGUUAGCAAGGAGGUGGCCUAUUUUAUCCACAACAACAUAAUUUGCAUUCUUCUCUGUAUUUCAACUGAUGCUUCUGCUCAUCUUCACACUCACGUAGUUUUGGAACAAGACCUGUUAGCAUCUUCCUCUCUGUUGCCAGCAAGGAUCUCAAGGUGAGAUAGCUUUGGAGCAAAAGCCAGAUCAGGACUAUAGCAUGGUCAGAGGGUUCAAGCCCUCGCCCCUCAUUCUGUGGUCCUGAUCCUCCCUCCCCACCCCCGUGUGACUUAAAAACAAAAAACCAGUCAUACAAAGCUAAGCUACAUGACAGACAUCAUCACAUCGCAUCUCCUUUGGCCCUGAGCCUGGGCUCGUUUUUGGAUCCUGCCUGCAGGGAACACGUUCAGCAGCUUGGAGGGGUUGGAAUUUGAGUGGAGCAUCGCCAAGGACGAUGAGUUGGAAAACGUGGAGCUCUCGAGCAAAAUUAGGUAAGAUGAAACCCCAAGUGGCCAAGUGUGAUUAAUAAAAUCCUAAACGACACGGGAGGUUACGUGUGUGCUCCACUGGGUAGACUGCUGAAGUUGAUAGAUUUCAUUCUAUUGCAUCCUUGCUUUGAACUCAUUACUUCCGUCUAAGGAGAGGUGCUCACUGUUGUUAAGUCCUCAGAUGCAUAAAUGUGAGAGUCCCAUAUAGCUCAUGUCCCCUUCCCUAUCUCCUGUAAGAGGGGCAUCUAACCUGUUGCUAGAUUCCAGUGGCCGCCACCACCACCACUCGUCCACUGGCCAUGCUGGCUGGGGCUGAUGGGUUUGGGGGGUCUUAACAGCGGCUGCAGGUUUUUCACCCACCCUAUACAUUUCACCCUGCUUGUUUAUUUACUCUUAAAGCAGUGACAGACCUUUGUUCUCUCAGUAAAAGCCCAGUUUGGUUUCUUUAGGAUUUUAAAAUACUCUGAGGCAGAAUAUUCUCCACCCGACUACGUAGUUGAGAUGGAAAGAGAGGAGAAACAAGGAGAUAGGAUUCUGGUGUCAGGGAUCAAAACGGGCGCAGCUGUCGUAAAGGUCCGAAUACAGGAGCCUGUUUACAAGGUGAGUACUCACUCUGCCCUCCCAGAGGGAUCCCAGCAGUGCAAGGCAAGGUCAGGGCCUACCAAAGCUAUAGAGGUGACAUCCACACCAUACAUUCAGAGUGCUCUUUGCCACUUUAACAGUCAUGGCUUCCCCCAAAGAAUCUGGGAAACUGUCAUUUGUUAAAUAGAGCUAUUAGGAGAUCAUUCGCUGAGCUACGGUUCCCAGAGUGGUUUAACAAUCUGGGAACUCUGGAAAUAGCAGCUCUGUAAGAGGAGCAGAGGUCCUGCUAACAACUGCCAUCAUCCUUUGCAAACCAAUUCCUGGGGGAAUUGCAGUGGGGUUGGACUAGAUGACCCUUCGAGUCCUUUCCAACUCAUUCUGUGAUUUUAAGAGUGCUUUAAAUGUAUGGAAUGGAGGUGACAGGCGGCAGUUUUAAACGAGCAGAAAGUCAUCUGGUGGAGCCAUCGUCGCUCCUGCACCCUGUGGAGAUUAAACCAAAGCAACUAUCUUGAAUGCCAACCAGGAGGGGGCAUAGAAUGCGAUGGAAUCACUCAGUCCUUUUUUAGUUUUGAAAGAGUCUUACAAGUAAAACGACUGCAAAGCAUAAUAUAUAUUUCUUUAUGUCUACAUUUCUCUCUGCGUGCCUCUGGUGGUGCUUUCUCAAUGUUCCAGAAAGUUGCUGCUGCCCUGGUGCGCCUGCUGGUUUUGGAGAACAUAUUCUUAAUCCCUUCCUAUGAUGUCUACCUGCUGGUCGGAGCCUACAUUAAGUACAAAGUUGGCAAAAUAGUUCAGGGAAAGAUCACAGGUACAUUCCUAAUCUUCUGGGUGACUCUAUGCAUAAUUUAGUCUCCUGGCUGCGAAAUCCUACACGUGCUUACCAGUGUCAGAAACUCUCACUAUUCUAGGCACAUUUUUGACAGGGAAUUCAUUAGCGCGAGCAGUUUCUGAGCUCUGAGUGCAGUACUGAGCCUAAGAUUUCAGAUUAAAAAGGCAGAGUGGAAGGAAAGGAGGACCUUUUUCUGCCUCCUCACUUCCAGCUACUCUCGGAAGACUGGAGAAGAAUAUUAGGGGGGUGAGCAGGGGCAGGACUAGACCAUGUGAAAAAUGAACAUAAUAUUUUAGCUGCAGUUCAUUCAUUUUCAGCUUUGCAUUCUUGUUAUAAAAAUAGCACGCCUAGGCAUUCCGUUGUUGCACUAAUAAUAAUAAUAAUAAUAAUAAUAAUAAUAAUAAUUUAUUAUUUAUACCCCGCCCAUCUGGCUGAGUUUCCCCAACCACUCUGGGUGGCUCCCAAUCAAGUGUUAAAAACAGUACAGCAUUAAAUAUUAAAAACUUCCCUGAACAGGGCUGCCUUCAGGUGUCUUUUAAAGAUAGGGAGGGUGUUCCACAGGGUGAGCGCCACUACCGAGAAGGCCCUCUGCCUGGUUCCCUGUAACUUCGCUUCUCGCAGCGAGGGAACCGCCAGAAGGCCCUCGGUGCUGGAUCUCAGUGUUUGGGCUGAACGAUAGGGGUGGAGACACUCCUUCAGGUAUACUGGACCGAGGCCAUUUAGAGCUUUGAAGGUCAGCACCAACACUUUGAAUUGUGCUCGGAAACGUACUGGGAGCCAAUGCAGAUCUCUCAGGACCGGUGUUAUAUGGUCCCGGGCGGCCACUCCCAGUCACCAGUCUAGCUGCCGCAUUCUGGAUUAAUUGCAGUUUCCGGGUCACCUUCAAAGGUAGCCCCACGUAGAGCGUAUUGCAGUAGUCCAAGCGGGAGAUAACUAGAGCAUGCACCACUCUGGCGAGACAUAACCUAGGUUUAAGGUGCCAUUUAGCUCCUAGCUUUCACACCUCAGUUUCUAACACUGAUGCUUACUCAGAAGUGAGCCCCACAGUGUUCGGUGAAGCUCAAUCACUAGUAAGGGUGGUUUGGUUGAAGGAUACGUACCAGUGGUGGCAGAUCUGCCAUCCUCCAGACUUUAUUGGACUACAGCUCCUACAUCUAACUAUUAGUUUUGGCCUAUAAUGCUUUUCCCAGCUUCAGUGCUUUUAUUGAGUUGGAAAAUUGAAUCAUACUUACUAUGAAUAGCACUGAAGCCAAAGGCAAUACUUGAUCACUGCCCUGACAUCCCUGCUGGGUUGGGGUGGGAGAGGGAGGCUGUGUAAAGAACACACCUGAGCGCAGCAGCUAUGGCUGGGAAUAACUGACUGAGCUUGGCCGGCCCUUUAUCUCCACAGAGGUGCAAUUGCCUCUUGAGCACUAUGAGCUGGAGCUACAAGAUGCAGUGAAGGCACCUAACGCUUCUGGCCUCCCCGUGGCCAAACUGGAUGCAAAGACAGCUACCAUCACCGCCAUUCAGCUGGGACAGGUUAACCUGGUCUUAGUCCAUAAAAGUAUCCUUAAAGAACUUAGACCGGGCUGCAGCUAGCUGUUUCUUUUCUUUUAAUUUAUCAUUUUCCAGUUUUGCAACAAUCAAACAAAUUAUUUAACGAAACAAAAAAUGCACAUCAGAUUCACUGCCCCUCCCCCCCAUCUGUGGUUCCUUUCAUUUUAUCUUUACUACUGCAUAUCUAAAUUAAUUCCUUUAUUGUUUAUUCCUCUAAAAAAAAAUCCUUUAUUUGCCUUUACUUCUCGUUCUAUAUAACCCCGCUAUUGUUUUAAGUUGCUUAGAAUAAUUUCUCAAAUGUUCAACAAACUUUCCCCAGUCUUUGUUAAAGGUUCUUUCUUCCUGGUUCUUUAUUCUUCUGUAAGUUUACCCAUCUCAGACUGCUCCCAUCAGUUUUAUCUGCCAGUCCUCCUUGGUUGGAUCUGCUUCUUCUUUCCAUUUCUGUGCAUAAAUCAUCUGGGCAGCCGUUGUUGCAAACACAAAUAUCCCCCCCCCCCCGCCCCAGUCUUUGGGUAUCUCCUGACCUAUUAUUCCUAAGCAACUAGCUGUUUCGGUCUUCCCUGACGCAUGACCCCUGAAAUCCUGAGGCAUCCCUGAAUAGCUUCCAGGAGGCUAAGCACACCCACUUUUCAUUGUUGCACAAGGGCUCAUGCACUAGCAGGGUGUGUGUGUGUUAAAUGUUGUGCAACAGAGGAAUCCCAACACAACAGCUGCACCAGCAGAAACUCAUCGUGCAAGAAUUCUAGGAGCUAUAGUUCGUUGAGUGUGCUAAGAGUUGUUAGGAGAUCCCCCCCUCCCCUUAUUCCUCCCACAGAGCUAUAAUUCUCCAAGUUCCCUGUGAAAGAGGGAUUGAGUGUUAAACCACUUGGGGAAUUGUAGCUCUGUGACGGGAAUAGAGGCCUCCUAACAACUCUCAGCUGCCCUAAUAAAUGACAACUCCCAGAAUUUUUGGGAGAAGCCGCCAUGACUGUCAAAAGUAGUAUCAUGGGGCUUUAAAUGCACGGUGUGAAUGUGACCAGCGUUGUCGGCAACCUGCUAAUACAUUCUCUCGCGCAACAGUGUGGUGCAGUGGUUAAGAGCGGUGGACUCGUAAUCUGGUGAACUGGGUUCGUGUCUCCGCUCCUCCACAUGCAGCUGCUGGGUGACCUUGGGCCAGUCACACUUCUCUGAAGUCUCUCAGCCCCACUCACCUCACAGAGUGUUUGUUGUGGGGGAGGAAGGGAAAGGAGAAUGUUAGCCGCUUUGAGACUCCUUCGGGUAGUGAUAAAGCGGGAUAUCAAAUCCAAACAAUAUUCUACUGGGGCAAAACAUUUCACCAGCAGAACAAGCAUACCGCUAAGUGGUUUCAGUGUAGUGCCAUAUCGGAUCCAACCCCGUGUUUAAUGUGAAACAACCUCUGCCCCUUUCAUCCUUCUCCUCCUCUCAAUUUACAAUGAGACUGAAUUCCUUACUGAAGAGAUUAAGACAUCCACAUGCGAGCCUCCUCUGGACUUCCCAACUGCAGCAUAUACGUUGUGGAGCCUGGAUAUUUAGGUAAACGGUCCCUCCCACAUCUCCAUGCAGAGUUUUGACUAUAUAUGCACUUGGGCUUUUUCCUAAGGAAGAGGGUGAUGUAGGUGACAGUGGUGAUGUGCAUCUGGCCUCACCUCCAAAACUGAACAAACCAUAAUUCCCAGGAUGUGCUUUAAAGGUAUGGUUGCUGUGCAGCCUGUAACUCCCUUUGCAGCCAUCCUGUUGGGGAAUUUAUCUCCUGUACCUUUUCUGGUCAGCAUGGAGCUGGAUUCUAUCACUCUGGGGAGGGAGGGAACCUAGAAGAGGUCCUGCCUCAGUGGCAGUGAAGGCUGGUGCCCGUUGCCACUGGUAGGACUCGAGGCAGAGACCUAUAAUAGGUGGAGACAGAGCAAAUGAUAGGUGAAGCCAACUAGCCUCUUGUUUUGCUCCCAUCAUCCUCUUCCCUGCUGAAAAGGGAAGGGCAAAUUGAGGCUAAGGGGGAAGAGGAAGUCAACCCCCUGGGCUAGUCGUAAGAAAGACGACUGAGUUGUCUAAGGUUGAGGUUCUCAGGAAGAGAAGGCCAACAAGGGAGCCAAGUAUGGGCAAUGUCCAGUGAACACGAUGCCGGGUCCCCCAGCUGCUAAAUGUGAAACUUAGGAUCAUGCAGUAUGUGUUUCCUUUGCCUCAUCUUACAGAAAUGCUUUUCGUUUGGCUUCCGUUGUGCAACUGAUUGCAGGUUUCACUGUCCAGCCCGGCAACAGGUGGAUCCUAGAAGUUAAGCGAGAGUAUACCAUCACAGUCGAAGUGUAUGACAAAUCGAGCACCAAGAUCUACCCGUCCGAUGUGAGUAGGUGUCAGCUUGGGAAAGAAGCUCAAAGAUCUCUCCCAAAUGCCAGCAUUAACUUGCAAUGAGAUCCUGUGCAUGUUAUGUCUGAAAUCACACCUACCCCAAAUUCCAGAGUAAAUGUUCAUAGGAUUGCAGCCUUAAAGUGUCAUCCAAUAUAGACAUAUUUGGGGUAAAGGUAAAGGGACCCCUGACCAUUAGGUCCAGUCGUGGCCAACUCUGGGGUUGCGGCGCUCAUCUUGCUUUAUUGGCCGAGGGAGCCGGUGUACAGCUUCUGGGUCAUGUGGCCAGCAUGGCGAACCAGAGCAGCGCACGGAAACGCCGUUUACCUUCCCGCCGGAGCGGCACCUAUUUAUCUACUUGCACUUUGACAUGCUUUCGAGCUGCUAGGUUGGCAGGAGCAGGGACUGAACAAUGGGAGCUCACCCCGUCACGGGGAUUCGAACCGCCGACCUUCUGAUCGGCAAGUCCUAGGCUCUGUGGUUUAGACCACAGCGCCACCCACGUCCCAUAUAUAAGCCCCACGAAAUUCAGUGGGACUUAAUUCUGAGGAACACACAUAGGACUGAGGGGUUUCGUGGCACAUAGUGAAACUAUGGAACUCACUGAGUUUCUGUGCGUUUCUGAGCACAAUUCAAAGUGUUGCUGCUGACCUUUGAAGCCCUAAACAGCCUCAGCCCAGUAUACCUGAAGGAGCGUCUCCACCCCCAUCGUUCAGCCCGGACACUGAGGUCCAGCGCCGAGGGCCUUCUGGCAUUUCCCUCGCUGUGAGAAGUGAGGUUACAGGGAACCAAGCAGAGGGCCUUCUCGGUAGUGGCGCCUGCCCUGUGGAACACCCUCCCAGCAGAUGUCAAGGCAAUAAGCAACUAUUUUACUUUUAAAAGUCAACUGAGGGCGGCCCUGUUUAGGGAAGUUUUUAAUAUUUGGUGCUGUAUUGUUUUUAAUAUUUGGUUGGAAGCCGCCCAGAGUGGCUGGGGAAAGCCAGCCAGAUGGGCGGGGUAUAAAUAAUAAUAAUAAUAAUAAUAAUAAUAAUAAUUAUUAUUAUUAUUAUUUAUUAUGUCCACCGAGCUAGAUGUCUUUAAAAGAGGAUUAGAGAAAUUCAUGGAGGACAAGGCUGUCAAUGGGUGCUUGGCCAGUGUGGUGUAGUGGUUAAGAGCGGUAAUCUUGUAAUCUGGGGAACCGGGUUCGAUUCCCUGCUCCUCCACAUGCAGCUGCUGGGUGACCUUGGGCCAGUCACACUUCUUUGAAGUCUCUCAGCCCCACUCACCUCCCAGAGUGUUUGUUGUGGGGGAGGAAGGGAAAGGAGAGUGUUAGCCGCUUUGAGACUCCUUCGGGUAGUGAUAAAGCGGGAUAUCAAAUUCAAACUCUUCUUCUUGGCAUGAUGGCUGUGCCGUGCCUCUGCAGUCAGGGGGAUUAAUGCUUCUGAAUCCCAGUUGCUAAAAACUGCAAGAGCGAAGAGAAUGCUUUUGUGGCCAGUCCUGCUUGUGGAGUUCACACUGAGGCAUCUGGUUGGCCACUGUGAGAACAGGAUGUUGGAUUAGAUGGGCCACUGGCCUGUCUGUUGGGUCUACAAAAAACAACAAGAGUCUUUAAAAAUUGGAUGCAGGCACUGAAGAAUUUGAAAACACCUUCCAGCCUCGUAGGUUUCCUUGGAGUCAACUCCGAGGACACAAUGAUUCUGUCGAUCUGUGACCUUUUCGCUGUGCUUCUGAUAAAGUGUUUGAUAUCACACUGUCCCUCCUUCUGACAACAUUUCCCCCCACCCCUUGAUUUCCAGAAUCUUCGAAUAACUCACCAGUUCCCCCAAGAAUACUUUCAAGAGUUUAUAUCUUCAGUGAACGGCUCCUACCAUGUAGUUCGGGUUUUGAAGGAUGGCGUCACCGUCAUUGAAGCCGCGCUGGUGUCUGUUCUCCUCCAGGUAAAAGAAAAGCUCCUUUGUCGUAGUAGCAUAUGGAUAUUCUCUGGCCUGGAUUUAUGGGUUUGCAAUAAUAUAAUAAUAGUAGGUCUCAACAUUGGAUGCUGGCUAGGAAUUUGAGAUAUUUUGCUAGCCCUGCAGGCUUCAAUAUUUAUUCCUUGUUAUGUACAUCUUUUUGGUUUUUUUUAAGACUGAAAAUUCAGAUCAAUCAUUCCUCCCUUUCCUUCAGAGUGGUUCAGAAGAUUUAUUAAAGCCGCCCAUCAGCCACAAGCAGGAAGUGAAGAUUUACCUUCCCAUCACUCUGACGCCCUCCUUCUUGGCAUUCCCACACCACCCACUGGACGUCUUGUACCGGUACAGAGUUCAGGUGAAGUUGACCAAGACCUGGAGAGAUAAAUCCCCUAGAAUGCCCUUUAUUCAUUUCUCAGUGCAGUACAAAUGUUUGCAACCAUCUGCCACAGGAAAUAUGGCACCCAUUCCCUCCACCAUUUUGACCUACUUAUGCCUUCGGAGCUUCCAGCGACAAAACCCUAAAGCGAUGGGUUGUGUAUGACAACAGAGCUUCCCUUUGCUCUCCUCCCGAGCAUCUAGCACAACACAGAAGGGUUGUUAAGAGCUAAAUGAAACAUGAUCAUUUUGAUCCCUCAUAUCAGCUGCGUAAACAGAAGUGAAGUCACUGUCAGAUUUUCAGCCACUCACGCUUACUUAUGGAGAAGCUGUGUCAUGGAUAGUUUGAAGCCUUGUUGAUGCACUUAAUGAUUUGGUUAUCUGACAGUCUCGCUGCUCAGUUUUCCUUCUUAUCUGUGGCUGAGUACACUACAAGGUUUUUUUAAGACAGCCCUCUAUCAAAAUUGUAUCUUAACCUUUAUUUCACACAAAGGAGAGUGAACCUUCCCAGCUCUCACCUAGGAACUUCCCCCUCUUCCCCCAGUUUCCCACCCUGGGAGAUCCCACCCACGGAGUUUUCCUUUCAAUUUUUUCCCUAAUGAUCCAUAGCAUGGAAUUUGCCUGUUUCAAGGCAGCUGGGUCGACGUCUUCAUUGAGCUAUCCAUUACAACCCCAAGGUCUUGUUCCUGUUCGCUCACUUCCAGUUCAGACCCCAUGAGCGUAUAUGUGAAAUUCACAGUUGGGUACCUGCAGCAGAGAUCAUAGAAAUUUUGCCUGAAAGCCAUCUAGCUUUGGCAGGUCCCCUUGCUUUGAACUCAUUACUUCCGUCUAAGGAAAGUUGCUCACUGUUGUUAAGUCCUCAGAUGCAUAAACUAAACAUAAGCAAGAGUCCCAUAUAGCUCAUGUCCUCUUCCCUAUCUCCUGUAAGAGGGGCAUCUAACCUGUUGCUAGAUUCCAGUGGCUGCUGCCACCACCCGUGGCACCCGUGUAUUGCUUUGUAACGAUUUGUUGGGUCUCUGGACCAUAAUAAAGAUUGUUGUAUAUGUGAAAUUCACGUAUUUUUGCCCCAACAUGCAUCACUUUACACUUGUUUACUUACAUUGAAUUGCAUUUGCCACUUUACCACCCAUUCACUUGGGUGGAGAGCUCCUUUUCAUCAAUGUCCUUUUAUUAUAAAAUAUUCUACCAAAAAAUUAAAAAUUGAACAGGCCACCCGGAAGCAACCCAUGAGAAUCUCUGCUAAUACCAAAUGGAAUAAAAGUGUUAGCCUCUCUGUCUACAAGAGGAGGCUGGUGGAAAAACACCCUGCUGAAGAAGACCUACUGCAGAAAACAUAGAUGACCACCUGACCUCCCUAGCAGAAGGGACCUGAGGUUGGGUCUCCUCACUUGUUCAGGCCACUGCUACAUUGAGAUUUCUAUUCCUGCAGUCCCCUUUCAUUGGCCACGCGAGUCCAUGCUUGCAUUUUCACCAAGGGAGGCCACUGUUUCUGAUCCAGUGACACAUCCAACACCCAGGUGGAGAACAUCAUCAUCUUACUCUGUUCUGGGGGUGCAGGCUUAACUGUGCAUUUUGUAUCCCCCCCCCCCCGCUUCUGCUCUCCCACAGGUGGAGGGAGGCAGCGGCAACUUCACAUGGACCUCUUCCAAUCAGACAGUGGCCACCGUCACGGUGAAAGGGGUGGUCACAGCGGGGCUGGUUGAGGGCCAGACCGCCGUGCAGGCCAGAGAUGUGCAGAACCCUUUCCACUUUGGGGAAAUACAGGCAAGUCUUUCUGCGGCAUUGGCGCAAGUCGAAUUGCUUGCUGGGUCAAACCCCCACCCUACAGGCUUCAAACUCAGUCUGAAGAGAGGCCUUGGGGCGUUCUGAAUCCCUAGAGAGCUAAUUCUUCCCUCCUAGGUGCUCUUCAUUGUUGUUGUUUUUUAAUAACUUUUUAAUUCAAAAUUAAAACAAAACAUAUUAUCCAGAAACAUAUCGUCCUUAUUUCCCCCUCCCCAUUUUUCCUCCCUCCCUCCCCCCACCCUCCCACAGAACCCCACCCUCCGACUUCCCUCAGUUCCAGUCUUCGAUUUCUCUAAAAAUGCUGUUUUCUGCAUGUUACACAGUUGUAUAGAUCCUCAAACUAUUUAGCUGAUUAUUAUCAAUAAAAAGUUUGUGAGUGUUUAUUCAAAGCCAGCCAAGGAGUCCAGUUCGCUUUGUUGCGUCUUCAACUACUUUGUAAAGGGUUCCCAUUCAUCUUUAAAGUCACAGUUAUCCUUGUCCCGUAGCUUGUAUGUCAGUUUUGCCAGUUCUGCGUAGUCCAUCAAUUUUUCUUGCCAUGAUUCUUUAGUUGGGGUUUCUUCAGUCUUCCAUUCUUGUGCUAUUAAAACUCUGGCGGCCGUUGUCGCAUACAUGUGCUCUUUGACUCUUUCCCCCCUGCCCUCACUCAGGUGUAUGUGCUCAAGCUCUCAAAGAUGGAGUUCUUGCCAUUCCAUGCAGACACUGAGAUUGGGCAGACCUUGGAAGUCCCACUCAGGAUGUACCACGUUGAGAAAGAGACGGGGGAGACCAUCGCUUUCACGGACUGCUCGCUCUUACCCCUGGACGUUGGCAUGGAUAAGCAAGGAGUGUUCGCCCUGGAUGAAGCGGGUAAGAGGGCAGCUCUCUUCACUUGCUCCCUAACAUAAAUGGGUAGCUGGUCCUCUCCUGGCCUCCUGUUUUAGGCCUCAUCUUCACUAGGCGUUUAAAGCAGUACUGCGCCAUGUUAAACAGUCAUGGCUUCCCCCAAAGAAUCCUGGGAGCCUGUGCCAUCGUGUGGGUGGGGCCACAGGGGCAGUUGCCCUGGGCGCAAAAUUCUUAAGGGUGCAAAAUUUCUAAAGAAAAAGAAAGUAGUAAUGAAAUCCACUCUCGACUCCUAGUAUAUUUUACUGAAAUAUACUCGGAGUCGAGAGUGGAUUUCAUGCUCUUUCUUCAGCUCAUAGUGGUGAGGAGGAAAUGGAAGUUCCCCCAGCAUGUCUGCUUUAUAUACAUUAUUUACACAAUGGGCCCCACGUGAUUGGCUAAUUCCAAGAUUCUCCUGUAGGCCAAUCAGGUUGCGGAUUCACUUCCACCUGGAGCUGGAUUGGAUGGCUCCUGUGGGCCAAUCAGACUGCUGCAUUUUGGGUCCUAUUGUUCUAGGACCAAUCAGACUGCUGCAUUUUGGAUCCUAUUCAACUCAGUACAUAACACCUAAUAAUAAAUGAAAAAUAGCACACCCUCCCCUUCACAUAUAUCCCAAUGUUUGAAUGGGCAGACUGAGGAGCAGAUUCAGGGGAUGGCUGUUUGCUAGGGUGGCCUCCCCAUAGGCUUUAGAAGGACACCCGCUCUUGACCAAUGCCCCAUUGUGCUCUCCACCGUACUCCACAAUCACAGGGCACUGCAAUUGCCACUUGGGUGAGUUGCCGAGCUCCUUCGUUGCAGUUCUGGAGUUGGUUGACAGAUAAUCGCUCUUCCUGUGCUUGUAGAAAGAGCAGUUGUGCUCUUGUUUGUUAGGUAAGCAGAAAGCUGGGCCACAGUUCUGCUCCACCAUCCAUCUAGCAGCCAAGUCUCUAGGCCAUACACUGGUGACAGCCAGCGCCACCGUCUACGAGGAGUAUUUUGACACGAGUGCCACCUUUGCUGCUUAUGAACCGGUCAAGGUGAGGAGGCGCCAGCUCUAUGGCAGUAGUGGGCGGAGGGUGGUGCUGCAGUUCAUUUCUGUUCUCUCUCUUGAAUUCCUUUUGCGUUGUUGAGGGAAGGGCCACAGCUCAGGGGUAGAGCAUUUGCUUUGCUUGCAGAAGGUCCUAGAUUACGAUCCCCAGCAGCAGCAUCUCCAGGUUGGGCAGGGUCUCUCCCCUGCCUGAAACCAUGCAGAGCCACAGCCAGUCAGUGUGUAGACAAUACUGAGCUAAAUGGUUUCAUUCGGUAUAAAGACGUGGGGCUACGUGGGGCUACCUUUGAAGGUGACCCAGAAACUACAACUACAGUGGUGCCUCGCAAGACGAAAAUAAUCCGUUCUGCGAGUCUCUUCGUCUAGCGGUUUUUUUGUCUUGCGAAGCAACCCUAUUAGCGGCUUAACGGAUUAGCGCUAUUAGCGGUUUAGCGGUUUAGCGGCUAUUAAAGGCUUAUCGGCUUAGCGGAUUAGCUGCUAAAAGGCUAUUAAAGGCUUAGCGGCUUAGAUAAAGGGGGGGGGAGCGGAAAAAAAAUCUCAAGACUCGCAAGACAUUUUCGUCUUGCGAAGCAAGCCCAUAGGGAAAUUCAUCCUGCGAAGCAACUCAAAAACGGAAAACCCUUUCGUCUAGCGGGUUUUCCGUCUUGCGAGGCAUUCGUCUUGCGGGGCACCACUGUAAUCCAGAAUGCGGCAGCUAGACUGGUGACUGGGGGCGGCCGCCGAGACCACAUAACACCGGUCUUGAAAGACCUACAUUGGCUCCCAGUACGUUUCUGAGCACAAUUCAAAGUGUUGGUGUUGACCUUUAAAGCCCUAAACGGCUUCGGCCCAGUAGACCUGAAGGAGCGUCUCCACCCCCAUCGUUCUGCCCGGACACUCUGAAGUCCAGCUCUGAGGGCCUUCUGGCAGUUCCCUCAUUGCGAGAAGUAAAGCUACAGGGAACCAGGCAGAGGGCCUUCUCGGUAGUGGCGCCCGCCCUGUGGAACGCCCUCCCAUCAGAUGUCAAAGAGAUAAACAACUACCAGACAUUCAGAAGAUAUCUUCCCUGUGUUCAGGGAAGUUUUUAAUGUGUGACAUUUUAGUGUAUUUUUGAUCUCUGUGGAAGCCGCCCAGAGUGGCUGGGGAAACAAAUAAUUAUAAUUAUAAUUAUAAAACGGAGUCCUACAUUUUGAUAUUCUUUGUCUGCAACCUUGAUCUAUCAUCUUACUAGUUUCCCGGGAACUAGGGAUGUGAAUGGUGGUUAGAAAGCACAGACCUCCCUAUUGGAAGAAUUACAGGUGGGGAACCGGGGGUGGGCGGGUCCUUGGGUCAAUUCUUUGCAGGCCAAGGCAGUGUUAACCCCUUUAUAUAAUGACUAGGCUGUAAACCCCGUGGAGGUGGCUUUGGUGACCUGGCAUUCCGUGAAGGAGAUGGUGUUUGAGGGAGGGCCCAGCCCAUGGGUAUUGGAGCCAUCCCGCUUCUUCUUGGAGCUCAGAGUGGAGCAUAAGGACAAAGUCCACGUGGUGGAGGUUCGUUUGCCGGCCAAGAGGAAGCAAAACCAGUACAUUUAUCGGAUCACAUGCCUGGAGCUGGGGGAACAGGUAGGAGGAAGGUGUGUGCGUAUUCUCCCCCGCCCAAGACGUUAACAGGCAGCUAGAUUGGUGAUUGGGUGCGGCCACCAAGACCACAUAACACCGGUCUUGAAAGACCUACAUUGGCUCCCAGUACAUUUCCGAGCACAAUUCAAAGUGUUGGUGCUGACCUUUAAAUCCCUAAAGGGCCUCGGCCCAGUAUACCUGAAGGAGCGUCUCCACCCCCAUCAUUCCGCCCGGACACUGAGGUCCAGCACCGAGGGCCUUCUGGCGGUUCCCUCACUGCGAGAAGCCAAGUUGCAGGGAACCAGGCAGAGGGCCUUCUCGGUAGUGGCACCCGCCCUAUGGAAUGCCCUCCCACCAGAUGUCAAAGAGAACAACAACUACCAGACUUUUAGAAGACAUCUGAAGGCAGCCCUGUUUAGGGAAGCUUUUAAUGUUUGAUGUAUUACAGUAUUUUAAUAUUUUUUUGGAAGCCGCCCAGAGUGGCUGGGGAAGCCCAGCCAGAUGGGCGGGGUAUAAAUAAAUAAAUGAUGAUGAUGAUGAUGAUGAUGACGAUGAUGAUGAUGAAAUGUAAUGGCCGAUAAGGAAAGGCACAGCCUCCAUAGCGCUGGCGCAUCUUACAGAAAACGGCGCUAUGAUAGCUACAUCUGUGCUUGGCUUAUUCUCCCUUCUAGCUGUGUGCACCUUCCACAGUGAUGCCCCCUUUCCAGAUUCAGUAGUUAGGAGAUUUCAGCGUUUGGCUUUCUUAGUCUAAUGCUUUAAACUGACCCUGUCCAAAGGCUCUGGUUACAUCUAAACUUUAUGUUUGGCUACAUUUGCAAAGCCUGCUGGCUGACAACCACUCUUCCUUUGCUGCUUCCCCAAAGGUGUUUACGUUCCAGGUGGGCAAUCAUCCAGGUGUGCUAAACCCCAGCCCCGCUGUGGAGAUGGUGCAGGUGAGGUUCAUUUGUGCCCACCCUGCCAGCAUGGCCGUGACACCUGUGUAUAAGCUGGCAGCUGGCACUCCGCCUUGCCCUUUGCCUCAGCACCACAAGCAGCUGGUAAGUGUUCUCGGAAAAGCUAGAAGUGCCUCAAUGCGCUCCGUUUGUUUGGGAAUCUUGGGGAGAUGUUGGACGGUCUUUUUUUGGUUUUUAGCCAGAAAUUGGGCUCAUAAAGUUUGUAUAACUGCAAGGAAAGUCCUUGUAGGGAAGAUAGAUAGAUAGAUAGAUAGAUAGAUAGAUAGAUAGAUAGAUUUUAAAUAGUGCUUUUUCUGGGAGCACUCAAGGGUACGCAGUACCAGCACCACUUUUCCUAGAAGAAAAGCACUGGAUUUUAAUAUAUAUCUUUUAAAUACAGUUGUACCUUGGAUCUUGAACACCUUGCGACUCGAAUGUUUUGGCUCCUGAAUGCCGUAAACCCAGAAGUGAGUGUUCUGGUUUGCAAAUGUUUCUUGGAAGCCAGACGUCUAACACGGCUUCCGCGGCUUCUGAUUUGAGUGCAGGAAGCUUCUGCAGCCAAUCAGAAGCCGCGCCUUGGUUUUUGAACGUUUUCGGAAGUCAAACGGAGUUUCGGAACGGUUUCCGUUUGAGAAUCAAGGUACGACUGUAUAUUCAUAUUUUGUUGGGAGCCGCUCAGAGCGGCUGGGGCAACCCAGUCAGAUGGCGACAUAGAAUUAUUAUUAUUAUUAUUAUUAUUAUUAUUAUUAUUAUAUUUGUUGCCAGCCUUUGUUAUCAGGGUUUUAUCUUUCUUUAGUAGACCAAAGCUUUUAAAACAGAAUCAGUCCAACGGACCGAUCAGUUAAACAUGGUAUGUAAUCUUCCAAGGUGUCACCAUCGGUGCCUUUCAAGUUCUUCUGCCCUUGCUUUGCAGGGCUUCUGUGCUUUGGCACCGUAGAUCACAAAGAUGUGGUCCUUUCCCAGGUUCAUCUCGCACGCUGUUAAAUGCAGGCUGCCGCCGGUGUCUUUUGGGAUGCCUUGCAGGUCCCCGUGUCCAGUUUGAGGAACACCGUUUUGGAGCUAGCUCUCUUCGACCAGCACCGGCGGAAGUUUGAUAACUUCACCUCCCUAAUCCUGGAGUGGAUAUCGGCCAAUCAAAGCCUGGCUCACUUCGCUCUACCGAGGUCCAUGCAGAUGGUACCGAAGGAUGAUGGGACUGGACAGACCAGGCUCCACGGUACAACUCGGCGUUGCGCUUCAGCAGAGAAACCAGUGGCUACUAAUCAGAAUACCUAUGUUCUUCCUGCGCUCCCGGAAGCAGUAAUAUGCCUCCGAAAUAAUACCUGUUGCUGGGAAUUGCUCAUGGGGAGGGUGGUGGUGUCCUUGAAGUCCUGCUUGCGGGUUUCUCAUUGGGGUGUCUGGUUAGCGACUGUGAGAACUCAUGCUGGAUUAGAGGGGCCACUGCUUUGAUCUAGUAGGCUCUUCUUAUGUUCCCAGGCCCUUUAAUGAGGAGACCAUCCAAGCCCCUGUAGCUAGAACUGCCACAACCAGUGCUUUUUUAUUAUCUCAGUCCUGCUUCCGCCGCGCAAUUUGGAAACCACAGGAAAGGAGAAUUUCUGUUGUUCUCACACCUUGCUUGCGGGUUUCCCACCUGGACAUCUGGUUGGCUGCUGUGAGAACAGGAUGCCAGGUGUCAGGUUCUGGUGGUGGUUGCUCGUGAGUAACCAGGCAGGACUCCAACCUGUCUUUUACAGGUUUUAUUGGUGCAAACUAUUUAUAGUGCAGAACCACAAAGUUCAUGUCCGUCUUAGUCACUUGCAGAUUCCGGGAGUGACCCCUUCCGGUUUCUCCCCCAACAUAAGAACUUAGACACCCAAAAUCUCUGCCUCCCCUCCUUACGUUUCACCUCUCUGCAUAAGCUAGGUGACGGAAAUGGUGUGUCUGUUUCCUGGCCAGCCGGGCUAGGUGAGGCACUUAGGCUCUCAGUAGCAUCUUCAAGCCCUCCCCUUGCUUGGCUGCCCCCUUCCCCCUCUGCUCCACUGGAGGUGUGGCUUUCUCCACCGCUGGACAAGGAGUUGCUCCUCAGAAGCUCAGGAGGCUCUCUGUAUCCCCCUGCCUCCCUCCCCUGUUCCGAUGGCAGUCCCCUGACACCAGGCUAGAUGAGCCACUGGCCUGAGCCAGGAGGGCUUUGCUUACACCUUAAAAUGGGUUAUUAAUUAUUUUGUUUAUUGCACUUAGCGUCCCAAGCUUUUUCUCCAAGGAGCUCAAGGUGGCUUUGCAUGGUUUCCCCCCAUUGCUUUUCUUCUAGAAAAAAGGUGCUCACCGCGAAGUAGUAGUUAUUCCCCAAAACAACAAUCGUGUAGGGUAGGUUUGGCUGAGGGGCAGUGAGCUUCAUGGCCCAUUGGGGAUUUGAACCCUGGACUCUCAUGUCCCAAGCCAGCACUCUAACUUCUACAAUACACAGUAGCACUAUCUCAGCUGCAGAAGCAUCUGUCCUGCUACAGCUUACUGGGAUGAAGUGGGGAGGUUGGCAUGGUGCAAACGCAGGUGUGCUGGAUUGGCUCCAUGGGUGUGUUUGCACCAUGCUGGCCUCCCUGCCACUUCUCUCCUUUCCCUCACAGUAAGCAACAGCGUCCCAACUGCCAGGAUGUUAGUGUUGUUAUGAGCCAGCGUGGUGUAGUGGUUAAGAGCGGUGGACUCGUCAUCUGGUGAACCGGGUUCGCUUCCCCGCUCCUCCACAUGCAGCUGCUGGGUGACCUUGGGCCAGUCACACUUCUCUGAAGUCUCUCAGCCCCACUCACCUCACAGAGUGUUUGUUGUGGGGGAGGAAGGGAAAGGAGAUUGUUAGCCGCUUUGAGACUCCUUUGGGUAGUGAUAAAGCGGGAUAUCAAAUCCAAACUCUUCUUCUUCUUCUUGUGGCUACGCCCCACCUGGCAAGACCCCUUUUGCUCAUCCCUGUAAUUUUUUCAAAAAUAAAACUUACUGUAUCUCACGUGCAAGAAUGCAGUCUCCCUCACACCUCCCUUCCUAUGUAAGAAUGGCAAUUUUAAAAUACAUUUGUUUCAAUUUCUGUUUCCUUUUCUCUCCCUCCCUCCCUAUGUCUGUAUCUGUUUUGGUCCCAGGACACCAGCUCCUUGAGGUGCGGCAGAUCAAAGGGACGGUGUUGAUCUCCGUCAACUUUGUGAAAUAUUCCGAGAGAGGGAGCCCAAGAGUGAGCGGAGGGAAGGUUGCUCCAUGGAGAGGGUGUUGUUGUCCUCGGGUCCUUGCUUGGAGGUUUUUAAGCAGAGGUUGGGUGACCAUCUGCCCUGGAUGCUUUAGCAGAGAUUCCUGCACUGCAGGGAGGUUGAACUAGGAGACACUCAGGGUCCCUUCCAGCUCUACAAUUCUAUAAGCAUGGUAGACGUAUGUAAGAACUGCACUGGCUGCCUGUUUCCUACAAGGCCAAGUUCAGGGUGUUACUGAUACAGUGGAACCUCAGCUUUUGAACGUAAUCUGUUCCGGAAGACCGUUCGACUUCCGAAACGUUCGGAAACCGAAAACUGAAAGCGGAAGCUUCAAUACAAUAGGGAAACUCAGAACGGAAGCCGCCUAUCACGUUCGGCUUCCAAAAAUCGUUCUAAAACCAGAGCUACUUCUGGGUUUUCGGUGUUCGGGAGCAGAAAUGUAUGACAAUGGAGGUGUUCACCAACCAAGGCUCCACUGUAGUAUAUAAAGCCCUUAACAAUUUGCCUAUCAGAUCACCCUUCCCCAUAUAUGCCCACUUAACUGCUCUAAUUUGCAAACAGGCACUGUUACAGAUGCCAUGUAUUAUUAUUAUUAUUAUUAUUAUUAUUAUUAUUAUUAUUAUUCCCUGACAGGAACUCAAGGCAGCUUAUAGAAAAAAAUUGCCUGGUCUGGUCUUGAAAACAGCAAAAAGCCAUGGAAGCAGGGGAUCAGGGGCCAUAGAGUGCCAACGCCCCAGUCAAGACCAGAAAAGAAACAAUUGCCCUCUCCCACAUCUCACAAUAUGAUUGUCUCGUCAAAACCAUCCCCCCUCAAAAAAAAACACCCCAGUUUCCCUGAGAAAGGAGAGAACACCUUACUGCCUAAGCUUCCCAAGACAUUUUGCAAUGGAAAAGGGAGAAAACUGCACCUGGGCUCUCUAUCCUAUCAGCUUUGGCGCCAUGAGAAGGGAUACCUAACGUGCCAGAUUAGCUGCCCCAUCUGAGUCCCCCUGGGUUGCAAGUAUGUGUAGGGGAGGCAGGCGCCAGAAGUCAUCCAGUAUCACAUGCAGUUAGUUACCUGCUGCUAGAUUUCAUAAAUACUUGUAAUACCUGUCCCACAUUUGUAAGAAAUUUAUCUUUUAGUGCAGCAGCACUCAAACUUUGGAACUCCCUGCCUCUUGACAUCAAUCAGGCACCUUCACUGUGCUCUUCCCCAGCGGCUGCUCAAAACACUUUUGUUUAGGUAAGCCUACCCAGAACGUGGCGCUGUGGGUUAAACCACAGAGCCUAGGACUUGCCGAUCAGAAGCUCGGCGGUUCGAUCCCCGCAAUGGGGUGAGCUCCCGUUGUUUGGUCCCAGCUCCUGCCAACCUAGCAGUUCAAAAGCACAUCAAAUGCAACUAGAUAAAUAGGUACUGCUCUGGCAGGAAGGUAAACGGCAUUUCUGUGCGCUGCUCUGGUUCGCCAGAAGCGGCUUAGUCCUGCUGGCCACAUGACCGGCUCCCUCGGCCCGUAAAGCGAGAUGAGCACCGCAACCCCAGAGUCAUCCGCGAUUAGACCUAAUGGUCAGGGGUCCCUUUACCUUUACCCAGAAUGUUGACAUGUGUUUUAAUGAGGUUUUAAGCUUAAAGUUCAUUUUUAUUGUUUUUGAAGGUUUUAAAUGGUUUUUAACACACCCACCCACCAAUAAUGUCGUCGUUCUAUUCUUUUUUGUAAAUCCCUCUUGAGCUUACCCUACCGUCGAGCGGCAUAGGAAUUUCAUUAAAUAAAUAAAUGCAAAAUGGUGUCGAGAAAGUGGGCAGAGAGGUGUUUUUUCUCCUUCAUUGUACCCGAAAACCUGGGAUCAUCCAACGAAGCUGACCGUCGGGAUAUUUAGGAGAGACAAAAAGGGACGCCGCGAGGCGGUCAGCUUAAAGCGGCUUUAGAAGGGGCUUAGACAGAUCCACGGAGGAUAAGACGUAUCAGUGGCUCCUAAUCAGUAUGGCUGUAUUACCUCUAGUAUCAGAGGCCUGCGUCUUGCUCACGGGCUUCCCAUCCACAUCUGGCUGGGCCACGCGGAGAGCAGUGUCUUGGACUCAAUAGGCCGUUGGGUCUGUCCCAGCAGGGCUUUUCCUUGGUUCUUCUUGGGUGUGCCCAGAUCUGUUUCCUGCAGGAAAAGAAAAAGGGCACAGGUUUCCUUGGCGUUGGCCUGCCUUCUGCGGAAACACCCCGAGGCAGCAUUUCUUGCCCUUUCUGCACACAGGAGGUCUCUAACUCCCCCGCCUCUGCCGCCGUGGAACUCAUGCUGGUCGAGGACGUGACUGUGGUUCCGGAUAACAUCACCGUGUACAACCAUCCCGAUGUCAAGGUAGGGGCCAAGGAGCUGGGUGUGGGUCAGGUGGUGAGGAACCCUGCUCAGACCAGGGGCUCUUCGUGGAGAACUUUGGCAGAGGCAAAAUGGGGCAACGGUGGCAACUCUGACCUUUGAGUAAAACAGAGCAGUCCCAGGUAAGCCAGUGCUCUGUGUGGCAACAUUGAAAGAGUGGUUUUGUGGUCCUGGUGUGGAUCUCCCCCCCCUUCUGCUUUGCCUAGGAAGUGUUUGCGCUGGUGGAAGGGUCCGGUUACUUCCUUGUCAACAGCAGUGCACAGGAGAUGGUGAACAUCACUUACCUGGAAACAGAGAGCGCCAUACAGGUGAGUGUCAAAGUGUGUUGCUCUGUGAGCCUUUAUGAGGAGAGAAAGCUAGGGCUUCAGGAUCUCCUGCCAGCUAUUCUUCCCCUUCUCUUAAUUUGAUAAUAUAUAGGUUCAUCUUCCAUAUUAUUGCUAUUGUUAAUUAUUUUUCUUCUUAUUACUAUUACGUUGUGAACUGCCCUGACAUCUAUGGAUGAAGGGCAGUAUACAGAUUUAAUAAACAAACCAAAAAUAGUAUAUAUUAUUAGGCAAGCCUACCCAGGCAUAUGCUUUCAUUGUGUAUACUUGUAUUUACAUCUUACCCAUCGUAUCAGUUGUUGCUUUUGAACGAUAAAUAUUUUACACUGUUUUGUGUAAUCUACUUAGACAGCUUUCUUUCUUUCUUUCUUUCUUUCUUUCUUUCUUUCUUUCUUUCUUUCUUUCUUUCUUCCCUUCCCCUUCCCUUUUCCUUUUCCUUUUCCUUUUGGUUUAAGCGGUCUAUAUAUUUUGUAAAGCAAAGUCUUAACCCUGUUCUCCAGCCGAAAAAUAGCUCUCGGGGGACUUGCAAGCAUCAGUGGUAAGACAGCCUCAGGCUUCUGGUUUAAGAGACAAGACACAAAAGGAAAAGGGACUCGGAGGGAGGAGGCAAAAAGAAAAAAUCCAGCUCUGGCACAAUUUCUUACUUUACAGAGUUCCUGUAGUAACCAAACCAAAUUCAAAAGCCAAAGGAUGGGGGCCCUGCCAUCUCAUACAGCCUGACAAGUGAUGUCGCCUUUACCCUGCGAGCGACUGCGCCUGUCACUUUCCUUGCAGGUGGUUCCUGUCCUUCCUGGCUCUUUGACCUUGGAGAUCUACGACCUGUGCCUGGCCUUCCUGGGACCUGCUACAGCUUACCUUCGCAUCUCCAAUAUGUACGAGUUGGAAGUGGAUCUUGUUGAUAAGGUAUGAUGAGUAUUUGUAAGCUGGCCGGAGGGGUGUCAGAGGGCAUGAGCGGCCGCUGGCUGCGUAGCCUGGAUUGGCAGAGAUUUGUGAGAGUGGGUUUCCCUUUGCACAGGGCCGCUACAAAGGGAACACAUACAUCACCUGGCAGAUAGAUAAGAUAAGAUAAAACUUUACAGUGGUACCUCGGGUUACAUACGUUUCAGGUUACAUACGCUUCAGGUUACAGACUCCGCUAACCCAGAAAUAGUAUCUUGGGUUAAGAACUUUGCUGCAGGAUGAGAACAGAAAUCGUGCUUUGGCGGCGCGGCGGCAGCAGGAGGCCCCAGUAGCUAAAGUGGUGCCUCAGGUUAAGAACAGUUUCAGGUUAACAACGGACCUCUGGAACGAAUUAAGUUCUUAACCCGAGGUACCACUGUAUUUGCAUGAGCCAAUGGCCAUAGCAACAGUAAAACAUUACAGUAUACGCAGAAAAGGAAAUUUGAUAUAAGAGCACAAUUUAAAGUCCUGAAUCGGCAGUCAGUUAGUGGCCCUUAUUCUGAUUGCCCCAGCUACGAACCUAGCAACCUUUGCUGUUAUCUGCUCAUCACCUGGCAGUGGGACGGGUAGAAACCCUGUAGCCUUGGGGAGCGCGGUCCCUGUGCCACAUGCACUGAAUGUUACUUUGUCUGACUCCGCAUCUCUGUCCUCUUGCUUUUCCGCUGGAGGGGGCUGGAGUCCCAACAAAAUCUGGAGGGGUGCUGGGUUAUGUGUGAGAAGAACCGCGGCUCAGUGGUUGAGCAUUGGCUUUGCACGCAGAAGGCCCCUGGUCCCAUCCCCAGUGGCAGCUCUGGGUAGGGCCAGGUGGCUGCUCUGCCUGAAACCCCUAGAGAGCUACUGCCAGUCAGUCUACUGAGCUAGAUGGACCAGUGGUCUGACGUGGACUAAGGCAGCUUCCGAUGUGCCUGCUGCAUGAAGAAGAUAAGAAGGGCCCUGCUGGAUCAGACCGUCUUGGUCUCACAACGACCAACCAGAUUCCUCUAGGAAGCCCCCAAGCAGAAUUAUUAUUAUUAUUAUUAUUAUUAUUAUUAUUAUUAUUAUUAUUACCCUGCCCAUUCCAACAAAGUAUUAUAAUACAGUACAGUAGUCUGUUAAAUAUUAAAAGCUUCCCUAAAGAGGGCUGCCUUCAGAUGUCUUCUAAACGUCUGGUGGUUGUUCUUCUUUUUGACAUCUGGUGGGAGGGCGUUCCACAGGGCAGGUGCCGCUACCGAGAAGGCCCUCUGCCAAGCUCAAGAAUCCAAGCGCUGUGGUUUCCAGCAGCUGGUAUUCAGAAGCAUUGCUGCCUCCAACCACUGGAGGCAGAGCGUCGCCAUCAUGGCUAGCAACCCUCGACAGCCUUCUCCCCCAUGAAUUUAUCUAAUCCUCUCUCGAAGCCAUCCAAGUUGAGGACACCCUGGAACCCUCUGCCUUCUUCCCCAGAUUGAGGUCGGAAAAUCGGUGCUGGUCUCCGUGCGUGUCCUGGGACAUCACCGGUACCCUUUCCGGAGUAAAUACUUUGUCUACAUGCGGCUCCAGCUGAAGGCAGCCUCCCCCAUUGUCACACUGACGUAAGUGCCCUGCGUCUCCUGUGCUUUGACUUCUGCUUCUUAAGAGGUCAUCUUUGGGAUUGCAAGGCAUUCUUCUUCCCUGCUCUCACACUCCACCCAAACAGUUGAAACCCACAAAACUGACCAAGUCCACAGUGUCAAAACUUGUGGUCAAAACUGCAAGGGCCGUAGCUCAGUCUGCCUUUUUUAAAAGUUAAAUCCCCAAUUGCAUCUCCCGGCCGGGCUGGGAACGUCCCCUGCCUGAAACCUUAGAGAGUCCCUGCCAAUCACUGUAGGCGAUACAGUGGUACCUCGGGUUACAGAUGCUUCAGGUUACAGACACUUCAGGUUACAGACUCCGCUAACCCAGAAAUAUUACCUCGGGUUAAGAACUUUGCUUCAGGAUGAGAACAGAAAUCGUUCUCCGGCGGCACGGCAGCAGCGGGAGGCGCCAUUAACUAAAGUGGUGCUUCAGGUUAAGAACAGUUUCAGGUUAAGUAUAGACCUCCAGAACGAAUUAAGUUCUUAACCAGAGGUACCACUGUAGUAAGUGAGACAAACUGAUUCCAUAUGUGGCAUAUUCCAAUGUUCCUUUUUAAUCCAGCUCUAUAUUCAGAACUGUGAGGGAUCUUGAUUUGUAGGAAGUCAGGCUAGGCAUGUCUUCUGUCUGAAACUCCUGAGAACUGCUGCUGGCCUGUGUAGAAAACACUGCACUAGAUGGAACAGGGGUCCUUUUAAAAUCAGGUCAUUAUUCAAAGCCACGAGGUCUGGAACCCUGCCUUAUUCUUUAAGAGAGGAGCAUAGCUCAGAUGCAGUGCAGAAGGUCCCAGGUUCAACCCCCGGUGUCUCUGGGAUGGCUGUUGCACGUUUGACAGGCUCUUCCCAUGGCAGCCACCCUGAAAAUGGCAGAGCUGAUCCCAGUCAGGGAAACUCUUGUUGUCACGCAGCUGAUCUUUCUUCUUUGUGAGCUCCGUCAUUCGGCUAGUGUCAUGCCCAGGACAGUAGCUGUUCGGCAUUGUGAAGAUGGGUGCCAGAGACCAGCCUGAAAAUCUGCUUGGCCUGUCCUGGUGCACUCCCUUGCCCAGGUUGGACAAAAUGCAACCAUUACCAAACCUCUCCUUGCAGGCUAAUGGAGGAAGUGGGUGACUAUUCCGAAGUCUACGUCCUCCGAGCCAUGGCUGUGGGGCAGACAAGUUUAGUGGCCGUGGCCUGGGACAAAAUGGGAAUCAAAUUCACCUCGGCGCCUCGGAAAGUGGAGGUAAGGAGUUGCAGCCACUGGGCUGUCAAAAAACCUAGGCACACGGGGAAAAACGGUUUGCAAAAAACGUCUCCUGUGGUUUUAGAACCAGAGGUGUUAAGAACUUCAUGCGCAAGUUCUGUGAAAUGUUCCUUUGGCCCUGGCUGCAGAUUUGAAUGAAAAGAUAAUGGACUCUCUGGCACAACCUUCUCCCAGCCUGGUGCAUUAUAGUUAUUCUUGACUACAACUCCCAGUAUCCCUGACCACUGGCCGUCCUGGCUGAGGCUGAUGGCAAUUAAAGUUCAGCAACGACAGAUUGGGGAAGGCUGGUCCUGUGUGUGUGUGUUUAAAGACAGCCUCAAUUCCCACGUGGCCAAAUUUGACUGCUGUUGUGUUUUGCCAGGUCUUCCCACCAUUCAAGCUCAUCCCAGAGAAAAUAACCCUCAUUCCACACAACAUGAUGCAGGUAAGUUCAGAGUAUCAGUUGGAUGAAACCAUCCUAUUGGCUAUCUCCCACCCUUCCUUCCUUCCUUCCUUCCUUCCUUCCUUCCUUCCUUCUUUCCAUGGCAUAGGUUACCCUGAGAUGAGUCACUGCGCCUACAGGACCAUGUCAGUCGAUGUAAUUCAUGUUUCCACUGGAGGAGAGCAGAUCUGGGCUCCAUCUGUACUAUAUAUUUAAAGAAGUAUUAUACUCCUUAAAACAGCUCCAAACAGCAUUUUGGAUACUGUGGUUUGUUAAGAGUGCUGAGAGUUGUUAGGCAACCCCCUGUUCUCCCUCACAGAGCUGCAACCCCCAAAGUUCCCUGAGUUAAGGGUUUGUUUGGUAAAUCACUCUGGAAAUUGUAGCUCUGGGAGGGGAAGAGGGGAAUCUCCUAACAACUUUCAGCACCCUUAACAAAUGACAGUUCCCAAGAUUUUUUUUGAGUAAGCCAUGGCUGUUUAAAGUACUGUGGUACUACUAUAAAUGUAUAGUGUAGACUGGACUACAUUUUCAGACCUGUCUUCUUCCCAGUACCAAAGGUUUUACCUCGGGGAGCUAUCCAAGGUCCUGGAGAGCCUCCUCCUUGCCCCUAAUCCUUGCUACUGGGUAAUGAGCUUGAUCCAGUGCCACCUCCCUUCCUUGGGAGCUCUCCCAGGUCCUGAAAUGCCUCCUAUACAGCACUGCUACCACGAACAGGGAUGGGGAGAACAGUGAUCCUCCAGAUGCUGUUGGACUCCAACUCCUAACAGCCCCAGCCAUUGGGGGCUGGAGUCCAACAUCAUUUAUGGAGAGCCACAUACUCCCUGUCCCUGCCUUACCUAGAACUUUCACUCCUUCUUUCUGCUUGUAAAGCAGAGUUUUUUCUGCCCUUUCAUCACAGAUUUAGAUAACGACACAGGGAGGGCAGGUCAGCUUGUUCUAUCAGUUAAUUCAGUUACAAAUUCAUUAGCAAACUGCCUAGAAUUGAUUUUGCAUGAUUAAUCAGUUUCUCUGUUUAAAAAUUGACCACUUUUAUCACCCCUUCCUAGCCUCCUGUCAUAUCUGCAGCAAAUAGUAGGGAUUCUAGUACACGACAUACAUUAAAAGCACAUUACCUCCCACAAAGAAAGUUUGGGACAGUAGUUUGUUAAGGGUGCUGGAAAUUGUAUGACAUGGAGGGCUAAACUACCAUUUCCAGGACACUUUGGGGGAAGCCAUGUUUCUUAAACAUAUGGUGUGGGGUGUGGGGUCUAAUUGCCUCUUACACCUGGCUUUGAUUGGCAGGUUGUGGGAUCCUAAGUAAAGUAGACCCCUCAAAUCUGAGGUUUCCCCACUCCUUUUUUUUAAAAAUAACUUGUUUAUUCAAAAACAAAACAUAUUAUCCAGAAACAUAUCAUCCUUAUUUCCCCCCAUUUUUCCUCCCUCCCCCCACCCUCCCACACAAAACCCACCCACCCCCCGACUUCCCUCAGUUCCAGUCUUUGAUUUCUCUAAAAAUGCUGUUUUCUACAUGUUACACAGUUGUAUAGAUCCUCGAACCAUUUAGCUGAUUAUUAUCAAAUAAAAGUUUGUGAAUGUUUAUUCAAAACCAGCCAAGGAGUCCAGUUCGCUUUGUUGUGUCUUCAAAUAUUUUGUAAAGGGUUCCCGUUCAUCUUUAAAGUCACAGUUAUCCUUGUCCUGUAGCUUGUAUGUCAGUUUUGCCAGUUCUGCAUAGUCCGUCAAUUUUUCUUGCCAUGAUUCUUUAGUUGGGGUUUCUUCGGUCUUCCAUCCUUGUGCUGUUAAAACUCUCGCGGCCAUUGUCACAUACAUGAAGAUGUUUUUCAGCUUUUUUGGCAGAUCUUUCCCUACAAUCCCCAACAAAAAUGCCUCGGGUUUUUAAAAAAAAUGUUAAAUGGAACAUUUUCUUCAAUUCGUUGUAUAUCAUUUCCCAAAAUUUUUCAAUUGCCUUACAAUCCCACCACAGGUUUCCCCACUCCUGAUGUAGGCCAGGAUCCUCUCUGUGAUAGACUGGAGGGGGAGGGGGGGCAUUGUUCCCAGCUGGUGGCAGAGUGAUAUCAGGAUACGCUUCUUCCUUGUUCUUCCAAUCUGCUGCAGGUGAUGUCAGAGGGCGGCCCACAGCCCCAGUCCCUCAUUCACUUCUCCAUCAGCAACCAGUCUGUGGCCACAGUUAACGGAGUGGGGCAGGUCCUGGCCAAGGCUGUGGGCACAGCCACAAUCCUUGGGACCAUUCGGGCUGUCAACGAAGACACAGGAAAAGUCAUUGUCUUUUCACAGGUACUUCCUCCUCCUUGUCGACCUCAAAUGCUCACUUGCUGCUCUGUAAUCUGAAACCUUUGGCUGCUCUCACCAUUUGUUUCCCCUCCCCUUGAAACCAUGAGGGCUAGCACCUCCUCCAGUCUCCAUAGGUCCCACCAGUGCCAAAUUUAGGUUUGAUGAGGCCCUAAGCUACUGAAGGUAAUGGGGCCCUUUAUAUGCCCAGCUGUCCUUUGUCAAAUUGUCGCUGUUUUUUGUGUUGGAUAUAGUGGGGCCCUGAGCUAUAGCUUGUUUAGUUUAUACGUAAAUCCAGCACUGGGUCCCACCCUGGGUCCUGUUCCUUGACCACACUAGAGCAUGACGCUGAGAAUCGGGCUGGACUGAGUCUGGCUGCCUUGAUUGUUGGGAAUGAGCAGUCAGUGCCUUAAGGAAUUGUGAACAUUUCAUGACUGUGGGUGGUCUCCUGAGUGAGCUGUUCAUUUGCCGAAUGGUGUGGGGUCUGACGUUAUUGCUGUGCUGAGGUGAGUGUGUGAGAAACAGCAGCUUGGAGCUUGAAUUAUUAUUAUUAUUAUUUAUUAAAUGUAUUAGCUGCUUCUUUUGCCUUAGCAACCCAAGCGACUUACAAUAUUUUAAGCAAAAAAACAAAACGUGUACAUAAAACCAGCAUUAAAAAAUCCAAAAGGCAGUUCUCUUUUUUUUCCCCAUUUACUUCAUUAAAACAUCUCACAAAAAGAAAGGGACGUGAAACCUUUUCUUUAUUGGUAACUUCCUGGGGACUGUAUUUCAGUAGGAGGUGGGGCCAGAAGCAAAAGAGGGAAGAACAACGAACGCAAAUUACAGUGGUACCUCACGUUACAAACUUAAUUCGUUCCGGAGGUCUGUUCUUAACCCGAAAUCGUUCUUAACCUGAGGCGGCACACGAUUUCCGUUCUCAUCCCGGGGUAAAGUUCUCAACCCGAGGUACUACUUCCGGGUUAGCGGAGUUUGUAACCCAAAGUGCUUGUAACCCAAAGCGUUUGUAACCCGAGGUACCACUGUACAUCUUUCUGUACAGUAGGCUAGCUUUUACACACACAUACACCCCCCUUCCUAUUGGUUGCUCCAUCCAGUGUUGCUUCUGGCUCUGUCCACCGCUGCCACAAGGUCCCCAGAAGGAGCAUCUCAUUUGACCAGACGCUCCAUAACGUUUUUUGUUUGCUGCUCCUGGAACUUCACAGGUCCCAAGUGUGGGGCGCACAUGGCCCCCCCAGCAGCUGCCAGUCCACUUGGCAGCCUGCUGCAGAGGAGCCCCCCCCCCCCCAAGCUGGGUAAUCUUGUGCAAACUGUGCCUUUUCUUCUGGUCUCUCUCCUGCGUUUCCCCCACAGGACCAAGUCGACCUGGAAGUUGUUCAGCUGCGAGCGAUAAGAAUCCACGCUCCUGCCACCAGGCUCAUUACGGGGACCAAGGUAGGCCUGCCCUAUAAUCACCAAUGGACAUCUUCUCUGUGGAUAUAUAAGGUUGUAGCCAACUAGGUUCGACUCAGAAUCACGUCUCUUAAUGUCAGUGGCCCUCCCCGGCGUAGGACUCGCAUUGCAUGCAACCGAGAGAGAGGCGGGGCUGACUUCUCCCUCCUGAACUGAGCCCAUGUUAAGGAUCCCACCCCAAUUUGUUUUGUUUCACUUCAACAAAUUGCAUAUUGCAAAUUGUAGUCUCUAAGCAGUGUACCCAAUACGUUUUUUAAAAAGAGUUUAAAUUGUAAAAUCAGAAUCCAGUUAAAAAGCUUGCUGGAAUUAAGUUAUACAAGGGGGCGCAGAAAGGCUGAUCUCCUGGAACGAGAGCUCACUGCUUCCAGAGUUAUCCUGUUCCACGUCAUACGUCUCUUGUGUGUUAGGACAGUCUUUCAAAUGUUUAGUUCAUUUAUUUCAACUACCUGCCACUUAAUUGCAACCAUCUUUAGGUGUCGUACAGGUAAAACAACAAUACAAUAACUUAAAAAAAAAAAGAAGUUUCAUUAAAAUGCCUGCUGUUUGUUAAAAAGAGAAAAAAAAGAUUUUGGUGGCUCCUGGAAGCUCAACAGAGGAGGAGGCCUGUCUGAGAGGGAAUUCCAGAGAAUUGGGUUCCACAAUACUGGAUGCAAGGCUGCUGGUGGAUAUGCGCUUGUGCAUCUGACCCAUGCGGGGACCAUAACAGUGACUCCGCCCAAAGAGCUCUGUGAUUGGGCAGGGAUAUAAGGGACCAGGCAUCCCUUGAGGCUCAUACAUGUGUUGGUCUCCGUGUUAGGUUACAUCUCUUGCUCUGAGAGGACCAAAAGCUGGGAAGUAACGAGUGACGCUUUCCUUUGUAGAUGCCUGUUUAUGUUGUUGGCCUGACCAGCACUUUGACUCCAUUCUCCUUUGGGAAUGCCGACCCAGCGCUGACGUUCCACUGGGCCAUGAGCAAGCGGGAUGUCCUGGACCUCCUUCCUAGACACUCGGAGGUAUGGACCUGUCCCUCAGGGCGCACUUCAACUCUCAGCCACUGUGGGCUGCAUCCAACGUUGGUCCUACUGAACCUCAGCCAGUGCCUACAGCGAAUAGAGGGGGCGGGUGCUCUCCCUGGCAGCUUCCUCCUCCUCCUCCUUAGUCUCAUUGUUGCCCUUGUAGAAUUCAGCAGAGAGGAGGGUGGAGGACAAAACUAGAAGGAGUUGGUGCUGCCUCUCAUUGCCUCCAGCGCCACCUACUGGUCAGCUCCUUGCCUUCCACCCCAUCAUUCUCAAUAGACACUGGGCACUGCUGGAUCCACCCAUCCCUUCUCUCCAGGAAGCUUGCAGCUCCUUCCCUUCUCUCCCAGGUUUCCCUCCAGCUUAUUCCGGAAAGUAACUUUGCCAUGGUCCUGCACACGAAGGCCGCUGGGCGGACGAGCAUCCAAGUCACGGUUCAGGCUUCGGACCCGGACGCUGGGCAGUUUGAAGGACACCUCUCCGAGCUCUCGGAUGAAGUGCAGAUACUAGUAAGCGCCCCCUUCAGGCAGCCUCUUUCACUGCUGCCAGUCCUCUGCUGCGUCUGGCCAUGCCAGCCGUUAACAUUAAGAGCAGGGGCACGUCCCAGCCCUUCCUUCUGCCUGCAGGAUCCUUGCUCUGUCCCUUACAGGUCUUUGAUAAACUGCAGCUCUUCUCCCCGGAGUGCUCUGCAGAGCAGAUUCUGAUGUCCAUGAACUCGCAGCUCAAGUUACUCACAAACAGGUAGGGCAGGGAAAGGGGGGAAGUGGCGGGUGGGUGGUAGCGAUGAUGAUGGGGAGCAAAGACAAAGACUCCACUAUUAACGUGAAGAAGUAGAAGCACCACAGAGAUGCUAAUUUGCAGCAAAUCUUCUGCUUUCAAAAUGUCUGCAGUCUGGGGGGUCGCUCAGUUGAUACUCCAUCAUUUUUUUGCUUGCCUUAAGGCAGGGGGUGCGGGACACCUCCCUCCUCCACCUGCAGGCGAGAUAUAGCCGCAGCGUGAUGUUAUCCACCCCUCUCAGCGAUCCUGGCACACGCUGUCUCUCUCUCUGCUGGGUAAAUAAUCCCACCUUCCAGCUAGGAUUGAGUAAGAUGAUUUCAGUUGGUUGGUUGCCUUCCACAUGUAUAUGUGAAGGUGGUGUGCAAAACACAAUAAGCACAGCCGAAAAACUGGACAGCAGCAGAUAGAUUUAAAAGCAGUACAAAGUAGACACCCCAUGCCAAUCCAGUUGGCAAAGCUUGUCAGAACAAAAUGUCUCCCAGUCGCUUCUGGAAAGUGUAGAUACAGUGGUACCUCGCAAGACGAAUGCCUCGCAAGACGGAAAACUCGCAAAACGAAAGGGUUUUUGGUUUUUUGAGCUGCUUUGCAAAACGAUUUUCCCUAUGGGCUUGCUUCGCAAGACGGAAACGUCUUGCAAGUUUGUUUCCUUUUUCUUAAAACCGUUAAUACAGUUGCGACUUGACUUCGAGGAGCAACUCAUAGCACGUGGUGUGGUAGCCGGUUUUGAGGUUUUUGAAGACUUUGGUGAUUUUUGAAGCUUUUCCAAAACUUUUCCGACACCGUGCUUCGCAAGACGAAAAAAACCGCAAGACGAAAAAACUCGCGGAACGAAUUAAUUUCGUCUUGCGAGGCACCACUGUAAUGGGAUGCCUGCCGAAAUUGCGUCGUCCACCCUAAAUUUGGCAGCCCCUCCAUCCUUUGUGGCAGUUGCCUUCUCGCCUGUGCACCCACCUUGGGCUAUAAAACAUAACUGGUCCAACCCCCUCCACCUGCCAGCCCAAACAGAAGGGAUGGUGACUCUUCUUUUCUCUCUUAGGGACGGGGCGGCCUUUGUGAACGCUCAGAUCCUGCAGUGCUUCCCCAACUCCUCUGUCAUUGAGGAGAACAGGCAUGGCCUCCUCAAGGCAGGAGCUGUCACAGGCACUGCGGUGCUGGAGGUGACAGCCCUGGAGCUCUUCGGCGUCAACCAGACUGUCAUCACGGGAGUGCGGGUAAGGGAGGCUCUGGGAAGAGGUGGUAGUGGCUGCUGUGGAUUCCGCGAAUGCUCCAAGGUAGGAGGUCCCUGAAUGCCAUGGGCAGGGGCUGAAAGACUGAAGGGGAGAAUGCAGUGCUGGAUAAGGACGGUUGCUAAGUUGUGGACUGCCAACCACAAUGGCUAUGCUAUGCUCUACCUCCACAUUUGGAGGUGAAAUUUCUGAAUGACAGUUGUUGAAAAAUGCAGGAAGAGAGAGUUGCUUGUGUGUUCGGGUUCUGCUUUAAGGGCUGGACUAUAGAUGGGCCAUUGGCACAAUCCGGCAGGCGCUCAUCUUAUAUUAUAAAGUUGCCAGGGAGUGAAGCAGAUGGCAAGACAAGGUACACGUCUUGCGAAAAGUUCAGAAUGUCGCACUAAAGCGCUGGAGCAUCUGUCAGCUUGCUUAAAGAGGACCGCUUACAUCUGGGACAGGGAGCUUGCAACCUCCAGAUGUUGGUAGGUAGGACAAUAGAUGGAAUAGUAAAGAGUGCUGUUUGUCUCCAGUUCAAUCCUCAGUGAUAUGGAGAAGAUCUUUUCUCUGGUUCAGAUCGGUCUGCAGUGCUUAAUAUAGCUAAAUUCGCAGUGAAGGCUGCUCAGCUUAGACAAGGCAGUCUGGCCUCCCUUGAGAUCUAAGAUUCUGCUUUUUCAUUGUAUUGGUCAAACUUCUGUUUUUAUGAGCAGUUCUUAUGUAUAUUUUUAUGUCCACAUCUAUCGGUUCGGCUACACCUGGCAUUUGCUUUCCUUACAAGUGUAUUUGAGAUGAAUCAGUUUGAAGUCUCCAGGUGUGGUGACUGAAAAGGAAAAAACCGAUACAUCCUUUCCUUCCUCCCCUCCCAGGUGGCCCCGGUGUCCUACCUGCGCUUGAGCAGCGCCCCCAAACUCUACACGGCCAGCCGGGUGCCCCUGCGUGCAUUUCCCCUGGGCAUGUCCCUCACCCUCGCCGUUGAGUUCUACGACAGUACCGGGGAGAAGUUCCACGCCCAGAGCACCCAGCUUUACCUGGCCUUGAACAGGUGCGGCUCAGGAAGGCAUGCUUGGGAAAGGGCCGCGUGCCACAUCGUGAACAUGGCUUGCUUGGGAAAUUGCCACUCUCCAUCUUGUGGAAAGUCCUUUUGGGAACUUGAACAUUGGCCACUUCUGUGGUCCAGGGUGUGUUCAUGCAACAAAGUACGCAGGCGCAGUCAUCGCAAUGGUCUGGAUAAAUGUCGAGAUGACAUCUUAAGUCAUAUCCAGCCUAUAUGACCAGGGCUUCAUCUGCUCAGUACAUUUAAAGGAAACUGUCUUGACUUCCCCCAAAGAAUCCUGGGAGAUGUAGUUUGUUUAGGAUGCUGAGAGAUGUUAGGAGACCCUGCAUACACACACACAUUUCCCUCCCAGAGUGGUUUAACAGUCGGUCCCUCUGAUCAGGGAACUUUGCGAACUGUAGCUCUGUGAGGGGAAUAGGGGUCUCCUAGCAGCAUCAGUGCCCUACAGUUCCCAAACAAUAAUUUAAUAAUUUAAUAAUUUAAUAAUUUAAUAAUUUAAUAAUUUAAUAAUUUAAUAAUUUAAUAAUUUAAUAAUUUAAUAAUUUAAUAAUUUAUACCACGCCCAUCUGGCUGGGCUUCCCCAGCCACUCUGGGCAGCUUCCAACAAAAUAUUAAAAUACUGUAAUGCAUCUAACAUUAAAAGCUUCCCUAAACAGGGAUGCCUUCAGAUGUCUCAAAAUCCUUUGGGAGAAGCCAUGACUGUUUAAAGUGGCACCAUAGUGCUUUAAAUGUAUGGCAUGAAUGUGGCCCAACUGAGGUGACUUUUAAGUACAGGAUACAACCACUUUUAAGUUGAGCCGUCCUGCUGUGCGGUCAUUUAAUAAACCGCGUUCUUACUGGAUCUCUUGGGCUUGUUAUUUCUCUUGGUUCCGUGUUUUAUUUCAAACACGUUCCCUCACCUGGGUAAACGAACAAGCGGUGUAGAAGUAAAUUCUUGCCGCAAUAAUGACCACGCUCACACCAUACAUUUAAAGCGCAAUGAUGCAACUUUAAACACCCACAGCUUUCCCCCCAAAAAUCCUGGGGACUGUAGCUAAGGGUGCUGAGAAGUGUUAGGAGAACCCCCUAUUUGCCCCGCAGAGCUCCAGUUCCCACGGUGGUUUAAAAGUCAGUCCCUCUUCCCAGGGAACUGUACUCUGUAGGCAGCCCUAUAGAAAGUAAAUUUUAGUGUUCCAACUGAACAACUUGUGGCUAGACAACCCAGGAACAUCUGCAGCUUGUGAACUAGCCGGAGGUGUGAUAAAGUCCUUUGCGCCACUGAGCCCACCUGUUCCUACUGGGAAUGAUAAAUCCUUGUCAGAAUACUUCAUAUCUCUUGGAUAUACACGAGUAGGCCCUGAUCUGUCCCCACCCUGCUUUAGAACAUACUCAUUUAAAAAAAAAAUAAUGUACCACUCUAGUGUAUUCAUUCAAAGUCCCAGGCCACACAGGCUCCAUCAAAUUCCUAGCUGAUCUCUUGGUGGUCCACAGAGCAGAAGGCACCACUGACCGUGUUGGCCAAGUUUGGGGAACCCUACCCUGCAGUAUCCCUGCUUGGCACACUCCUCCCGGGGUCAAUUUUUUUGCUUUGUUCCCCCAGAGAUGACCUGCUGCUCAUCCGACCCAGCAACAAGAAUUACACCUACGUCGCCCAGGCUGUGAACAGGGGGGUGACCCUGGUGGGCGUUUGGGACGAGAAGCACCCGGGCAUGGCGGAUUAUAUCCCUGUCCCGGUGGAGCACGCCAUCGAGCCGAACCUUUCCGAGCCGCUUGCCAUGGGAGACGUGGUGUGUUUCAGCACGCCUCUCGUCAACCAAGAAGGUCAGUGGGCUGGUCUCCAGCCACCGUGGCUGCCUCCUGGAAGUUAAAGAGAAGUUGAGGGCAGAUAAAAAGAAAGCCCUUCUUCACGCAGGCGCAUGACUGAACAAGGGAAGGUGCUCCCCGCAGGGUGCAGCGAUGGCCACCAACAUGGGUUGCUUCAAAAGAGGAUUACACAAAUAUAUUUACAGUGGUACCUCGGGUUAAGUACUUAAUUCGUUCCGGAGGUCUGUUCUUAACCUGAAACUGUUCUUAACCUGAAGCACCACUUUAGCUAAUGGGGCCUCCUGCUGCCGCCACGCCGCUGGAACAUGAUUUCUGUUCUCAUCCUGAAGCAAAGUUCUUAACCUGAAGCACUAUUUCUGAGUUAGCGGAGUAUGUAACCUGAAGCAUAUGUAACCUGAAGCAUAUGUAACCCGAGGUACCACUGUAUUAUUAUUAUUAUUUACAGCCGUACCUUGGGUUACAGACGCUUCAGGUUGUGCAUUUUCGGGUUGCGCACCACGCCGAAGCAGGAAGUACCGGAAGGGGUUACUUCUGGGUUUCAGCCCUUGCUCAUGCGUAGAAGCGCUAAAUUGCGCUUUGCGCAGAAGCGCCGAAUCGCAGCCCACACGUUCACAGACGCAGCGCUGCGGAUUGCAAACGUGCCUCCUGCAUGGAUCACGUUUUCAACCUGAGCGUCCACUAUAUUUAAUUUCUAUACCGCCCUAUACCCGAAGGUCUCAGGGCGGUUCACAUAAAAUAUCAAAUACAUAAAAUCAAAACAAAACCAGCAACCCAAUAAAAAAAAACCCCAAACAGCCAGCAUUUUUUAGAAAGGUUAUAGGAUGUAGAUCAAGUCAGACCUGGUUGAAAAGAAACAUUUUUGCCUGGCGCCUGAAGGUGUACAAUGAAGGCGCCAGGCGAACUUCCCUGGGGAGAGCAUUCCACAGAUGGGGAGCCACUGCAGAGAACGCCCUGUUCUUGUGUUGCCACCUGCCUGACCUCUUGCGGAGGAGGCACACGAAGAAGGGCCUCAGAAGAUGAUGUAGGGACGAUGAGGAUACCUUCUGCCUCGAUGGUCAGUAAUGCUUUUAACUAGCAGUUACUGGAAACCCCAGGAAUGGAUCGUUGCUCUUGUGUUCAGGUCCUGCUUGUGGGGUUCCUUUUGGAUCAUCCGAUUGGCCACUGAGAGAACGGGAUGCUGGACUAGAUUAAGGUUACCAGACGUCCCCGUUUCCCGGGGACAGUCCCCGGAUUUACACAUCAGUCCCCAUACAAAAUCCAUUGAAGUUGAAAAGUGUCCCCAGAUUCAUUGAAAAAAAAAUCUGGUAACCUUAGACUAGAAGGGCCACUGGCCUGAUCCAGAAGGGCUCUUCUUGCAUUCUUAAGAAAAAGGAACUGAAAUUCAGCAGGAAUUUGAUUAAUUUGUUAACCAUAUAAUAUGCCUUUUGCCAAAAUGGUGAAGUUUUAGCUCAUUUUUAGUUGCUUUUCAUAGGUUUUUAUAGAUCGUUUCAUUGAUGGUUUGUUAAUUAUUUUACAGGAUUCAUGCAGUCUUUGUGGUGUUAGGUGGUUAUAGUUAUUUCUUGUUUGUAAGCCACAUUGAGAUUCAUCUGAAUGAAAAGCGGCUUAGAAAUAACAACCCAUCACUCAGUCAAACGGACCAGCCUUCUCCCAACUGCCAGAGCUCCGCUUAGCUGAAAGGUCUGCCCUUUGACCUGGAACUGCUUCUGACCCCAUCCCCAUGCGUGGACCUUCAUUGUAAUCACACCCACAGAAUGCUUCUCUCACUUGAACGGUCCUGGAGAAUCCGGGACACUGUAGUUUCUUCAGGGUGCAGGGAUUGUAGCUCUGCCUUAACAAACCACAGCUUGUCCACUAGCCUUUCUGAAACAACGCAGGGACCCAAAAAGAAAGCAGCCGUCCUUCAGGCUUUUCCAAACCUUGCAGUGUGGUUCUCCAGCCCAGUGAGGUGUCCAAAAAAUGCAAAUAGUAGCGUGAAGCAUGUGCAUAUUAGUGAAAAUAACAAAAGGAGCAUCUCCACGCCCAUCGUUCUGCCCGGACACUGAGGUCCAGCGCCGAGGGCCUUCUGGCAGUUCCCUCACUGUGAGGAGCCAAGUUACAGGGAACCAGGCAGAGGGCCUUCUCAGCAGUGGCGCCCGCCCUGUGGAAUGCCCUCCCAGCAGAUGUCAAAGCAAUAAGCAACUAUUUUACUUUUAAAAGACAACUGCAGGUGGCCCUGUUUAGGGAAGUUUUUAAUGUCUGAUGCUGUAUUGUUUUUAAUAUUCGGUUGGAAGCCGCCCAGAGUGGCUGGGGAAAUCCAGCCAGGUGGGCAGGGUAUAAAUAAAUUAUUAUUAUUAUUAUUAUUAUUAUUAUUAUUAUUAUUAUUAAAUUGCAUUGUUUCAGGGAAAGUUGCUUUGCAAAAGAAACGAGUACCUUAAGCAAAACUGCAUACAAAAUGCGUAUCAGUAGGAGAAAUUAGCACUAAAAUGAUAGUGGAUUUGCAUGAGGACUUUUUUCCCCAAUUGUGGGGAACUGAACUUCAAGACUGGAAAGAUAAAGAGGAACUGAAAUGGAUGGAUUAGCCCACCCCUGCCUGGAACCUAGCAGGGGUUCCCUUGGCUGCGUCUCAAAAGAAGCCUCAUCUCAUCACCCCCAGUCCUGCUCCCCCAUUGCUGAUUCCCACCACAGUCCUUUACUGCUUUCCCAUCUAUGCUUCGCAAUGGGGCCAGGGCAGCCAGGCUGGGGGCGGGGGGGUGUUCCUUUUCUUACUGCUGCUCUUAAAAGGCCUUAAUGCAUAAUGGAGGCAGCCUCUGGUUCAUCGGCUGCUGUUUUAUGGCCGCCGUGCCUUCAGCAAAGCACCGCAAAUUAAGCCUCGGUCACGUCUUCAGGACAAAAGAGUAACCCAGAGAGCAUCUGCUGGAAUGCCAAGCUUCCCUUGUCCCCCUCCUAUAAAAACACACACCCAGCCUGGACACUCUCUCUCUCUCUCUCUCUCUCUCUCUCUCUCUCUCUCCUCGGUGACCCUCAAAACGGCCCCGUGCGAACUUCGGAAGGGGCUGCUCUCAGUGAAGAAACACAAGCUGCAUUCUUUGCGACAUUGUGCGUAAAAUGGCUUAAAUAUAAAGCACCCUUCAGUCCCGUGGGUUUGUCCUCAAUCUGAAGAAGGAGAAAUCUGCCUGCACCCAUCUCAGUCAACCCAUGUGUGAGGGGAUCCGACAUGAGGAAGCCAAGAGAAUAAUUGUGAUGCCUGGGACUGGUCUAUCAGGGCUCCUUGUCAGAAGCAAGUGAUCCAGGGAUCCUAGCUUCCGGCACAGAGUAACUUGUCAGUUUGCAUCUUCCUUUUAGCACUGUGUUUGGUGGUGGUGAGAAACAUUGCCCUAUAAAUUAACGCAUGGUGGUUUCAUCCAUCUUUCCUAUAAUAGAACACAUUUUUUUACAUCCCAUGGCUUGGGAAAUUAAAGCUAUUGUAGCUCAUUUGAUGGCAGCUGUCUUCGCUUUUAUCCGCUGUGUAAAAUAUUAAGGUCCAUUAGGUCCAGUCGUGACCGACUCUGGGGUUGCGGCGCUCAUCUCGCUUUAUUGGCCGAGGAAGCUGGCGUACAGCUUCCGGGUCAUGUGGUCAGCAUGACUAAGCCGUUUCUGGUAAACCAGAGCAGCGCACGGAAACACCGUUUACCUUCCUGCCAUUAACUUCCUACCUAUUUAUCUACUUGCGCUGGUGUGCUUUUGAACUGCUAGGUUGGCAGGUGCAGGGACUGAGCAACGGGAGCUCACCCCAUCUUGGGGAUUCAAACCGCCCACCUUCUGAUUGGCAAGCCCUAGGCUCUGUGGUUUAACCCACAGCGCCACCCGCGUCCCAUAUUUAAAAUAUUAGAGGACUGCUUACUUGCAUUUUAGUUGGUAAAGCAUGAGACUCUUAAUCUCAGGGUCACGGGUUCAAGCCCCAUGUUGAGAGAAAGAUUCCUGCAUUGCAGGGUUUGGACUAGACGCUUGUGGUCCCUUCCAACUCCAGGCCAUUAACACCAUUUGCUUUUGAAACAAAAUGAAGACUUGACCAUCCCAGAGUAAAUUAAAUACAGUGCUCAGCGCAGAACUGCUCCCUAAGAAACAGUGUCCGAGUUUCUUUUCCUCUUCCCUCCCAGUCCUUUUUUCCUUUGGUGUCAUGGCUUUUAGUUUGUAUGCCCCAGGCAUGCAAAGAAGUGUUUUCCUUGAGAGAGUAAAAGUUAUUUAAUUUGACCUUUCUCGUGUCCAUCUUCCACUGCCUCCGCUCGCUGCUUCAUAUUCUGCCUCAUGUUUUUAUUUCUUUCUGGGAUGGAUGAAUAAAAAAAUAAAGCAGGUUUGUAGGUUUGGAAGAAGUUUUGUGAGGUGAAUAAUUUGAAUUAUUGCAAAAUUGGAUAAAGAGGAGGAUUGUUAGUUAAGAUAAUUAAAGGCAAUAUGAAUUUAAGAAAUGCAGAAGAAGUGAUAAAUAAUAAUAAUAAUAAUAAAUUUUAUUUAUAUCCCGCCCUCCCCAGCCAAAGCCAGGCUCAGGGCGGCUAACAACAAUCAAAUAAUCCAACAAUCAAAUAAUCCAACAUUCUAAAACAUUUCAUUAUAAAAAUUAAUUAAAAUCAAAUUAAUGGCAACCGUUAAGCAAAGUUCUGUGCAGGUUGCCAGAGGAGGGAGUCAGGCUGGGCCCUGGCCAAAGGCCUGGUGGAACAACUCUGUCUUGCAGGCCUUGUGGAAAGAUGUCAGGUCCCGCAGGGCCCUAGUCUCUUGUGACAGAGCGUUCCACCAGAUUGGAGCCGCAGCCGAGAAAGCCCUGGCUCUAGUUGAGGCCAGCCUAACCUCUCUGAGGCCUGGGACCUUCAGGAUGUUUUUAUUUGCAGACCGUAGGUUCCUCUGUGGGGCAUACCAGAGAGGCGGUCCCGUAGGUACGAGGGUCCUAGGCCGUAUAGGGCUUUAAAGGUUAAAACCAGCACCUUAAACCUGAUCCUGUACUCCACCGGGAGCCAGUGCAGCUGGUAUAGCACCGGGUGAAUGUGAUCUCGCAGCGAAGACCCCGUAAGGAGUCUCGCCGCGGCAUUCUGCACCCGCUGGAGUUUCUGGGUCAGUCUCAAGGGCAGCCCCACGUAGACCCAUGGUGGAUCAUCAGAGGUGCUGAUGGAAGUCCAAAAAAAUUGUGGUAUCUAUGAUAAUUAAUAUGUUCAAAAAUUAAUAUAAAAAUAUUUUAAAAAAUAAAAAUAAAGCAUUAGCUUGGAGCCCUGACCAACUGGGCCAACAUGCCUUAUUCUUCUCACAGAAUCUUUGAACACAUAUGCAACAGCAUUUUUUCCCUUUCUUUAGGGGAACCCGGGACAUGGCAAAUCACUCCAAGCGACCUCCUUGAGAUGGACACGCUGAGCGGAGCGGCCUUCGCAAAGCACGCUGGGAAGGCCACCGUCUUCCACGAUAUCCCAGGGAUAGUGAAAACUUACCGAGAGGUAAGGACCAGAAAAACAAGGCAGCGCCAGCAUGCAGGCAUCACGGAAGGCGUUUCUAGCCAGGAGAGUAAGCGUGGGAAGGGGAAAUGGAGUCAUUUCAGGGAAUAAAAGACCUUCUCGGAGCACGGACUUAAAAACUGAGAAACCAUUGAUUUGCCACUCGAGUUGAUUGACAACAUGCAGUGCCCAACUGCUGCUUUUUAAAAAUCAAAGUUAGGCCCAAGCCACCCCAUCCUGCUUGGGCAGUGAAUUCUCGCUAGCAAACAGCCGCUUCCUAAACCCUUCUGCAGUCACCAUUUUGCUCUUUCCAGGUUGUCAUCAGCGGCUCCUCCAGACUCAGCCUUCACCUCGGUCCCAAACAGUACCUGACCAACACUCCAAACUCCUCCGAGUUCCGGGUUUUCAUCAGCACAAGCGGCACUAAAACAACCCUCCGAGGUAGGGUGGAAGGCGCAGCCGCUUCGCCCCCACCCAGUGUUAAUGGGGCGCACGCUGGGAAGGGCAAAUGCCCAGUCUAAGUAGAAAAAUAAAUCUGUCCACCCUGGCUGGAUUAGAGGUGGCGUUGUGAGGAGAAGCCGCGUGUCCCCUCAGCCACCACUCAUUCUCGCUUUUGAAAGUGCCGGUUUCUUCCCUCUUUAAGGGGUGGUUUGCUGGGUGCCCAGAGGAAUGUCCUGUUACAGGAUAAGCAAAUUCCUCCGACAGCGGAGGGGGAACACGACCAUCGCGGCCAGCAGAGGUUGGCACCAUUAACCUCCAUGGCGUUGUCUCAUCCUGUGUUGAAGCUGUCCAGCCGUUUCUCCUUGUGGAAGCAACUCCCAUAGUUUUAACUGCGCGCUGUGUGGAAAGGAUCUUGCUUUUGUCUUUCCUGAUCUUCCAGCAUUCAGCUUCAUUGGAUGGCCCCCGAAUUCUAGUAUGAUGAGGGAGAAAAGCUUUUCUAGCUAGUUACAAUUUUGUACGCCUCUUCCUCUCUUGGGGGUCCCCCUCCCGCGUCAGAAAGUAGCAAAGGCAUGGCUUGUCCUCCUUUUCCAGUACUGCUUAGGCAAUAAAAGGAAGAACAGAUCUCCCCUUUCCAAUUUUUAGGUUUUUGCUUCCUUCAGUUGGGCUCAUCCUCAUCAAGUCUGGUUUCAUGCCAAAUUCUGCAUGGUUCUGGCUUCUAUUUCCUGACCACCAGCAGCCUGAGGACAAUUUACAGGGCAUCAUGCCCCUUUAUUCCAUCAUCACACCCUUGUCUCCUUUUACCCCUUCAGGUCCUUGCAGUUCCGCCCAGCUUCGUGCCAUCACAGACCUGCUUUCCCCAGAAUCUCACCUGACCUGUCAGGUGGAGUUCAGCAUGAUUUUCCCGGACAUCCCAGCGCAGAGGAUCUUUCAUGCCCAGUCUGCGUUCUACACUGAUAAAGGUAGCGGAGGAGGCGUCAGAGGCAUGGCAUAUCCUCUGGCAGUAAGCCGGCCAACGUUUUUAUCUCGCCAUUUAAAACCUUUUCAGCUUUAACAGCCUUGCACACAUCCAUCCCUGUCCCAUAAGCUCUAACAGUGAGGUGAGGAAGCUGCGGCCCUCGAGAUGCUCCAUCACCCCCAGCAGGCAUGGCCAGUGAUCAGGGGUUAUGAUGAUGGCAGCUGGAGUCCUGCAGCAUCUAGUGGACCAAAGAUUUCCUAGGUGAAGGGACCCCUGACCAUUAGGUCCAGUCGUGGCCGACUCUGGGGUUGCGGCGCUCAUCUCGCUUUAUUGGCCGAGGGAGCCGGCGUACAGCUUCCGGCUCCUGUGGUCAGCAUGACUAAGCCACUUCUGGAGAACCAGAGCAGCACACGGAAACGCCGUUUACCUUCCCACCAGAGCGGUACCUAUUUAUCUACUUGCACUUUGACGUGCUUUCAAACUGCUAGGUUGGCAGGAGCAGGAGUAGUAGACUAGUGGGGGUGGGGACCUGUAGUGCUCCAAAUGUUGCUGAACUACGACUCCCAUCACCCCUGGCCACUGAGCCAAUCUUGCAGGGGCUGAUGGGAAUCGUAGUUCAGACCAAGGUUCCCCAUGCCUGGGGUAGACAAUGCGGAGCGAGGUGGACCAGCAUCCUGAGUCAAUACAGGGCAGCUCCCUAUCUGGUUUCCCUCUUCCCAAACUCAAGGUCUCUACGCCUGCAUCAUCACCGUGAAAGACCAGCCGGAAGCCGACCUGCUGGCGCUGAGCACCGCUGGGGGCUCGGUGCACGUGACGGCCUCCCUCCUCAGCGAUCAGAGCCCAGAGGGGACACAGAGGCUCUCGGUGCCCUUUCUGCCUGCCUUUUACAUGAACCAGUCCGAAGUGGUCUUCAGCAGCACAGAGCUGAGCAGGGAAAUCGUGGUGCUGGGGGCAAGGCGAGUGACUGAAGAAACAGAGGCAAGUCAAAGGCUCAGGAUGCGGCAGCCACAUAAAAGCCCUGCUCCAGAUGAUGGCAGCACUGGCUUCUGAGAUCUCUAGGACGUGCUGAAGAGGCUCUCCCAUAGACUGCAGCCAUCUGCUGGGUGUACAAGGGAUGCUUAUAGCAUUGGUCCACAUUAUAACCAGCCUUUGAAUACGGGGUUCAUUUCGGGAUGAUAAGGUCUACACGUAUGGUUAUGAAGAGCAAGGAGUUACAUGCAUCAUUUCAAUCAUCUCAGGCCCUACGAGCCAGCAGGAAACUGCCCAGUUAACCCUGACCCAUUACAGGGCCUUAUUACUGGUGGCUCUCCCUGGUGAGGCAUGUCAAUCUACCUCACUUUUUAAGGUUCAGGAGGAAGUUAAAAACACUCCUGUUUACCUAGGCACCUGGUGGAUGAAAUAUACUGUUCCCGGCAACCUUGAAAUCAAUAGUUGGGAGUUUAUGUGACCCUUUCAAAACAUUUCUAGAUGUUCUUAAUUCUGUUUAAAGGGUGUUUUAUAUUUAAUUCUGUUUGCCACCAUGCGCUCCUUGGGGAGGAAGUGGCAGAAGAGAAAUUGGGAAGAUGGAUUCAACUUGUAGCAGUGAUAUAUGGGCUGGUAUCCAGCUAAGUUCUACCCGGAGCAAGCAUAUUUAAAUGAAUGGGCUUAAGUUAGUCACACUGAUGAGUUUCUAUGGCUGUGAAUAGGACUGACACUGGAUACAAGCCAUUGGUUUGGGAGCAUGUACACCUUAUUUGAAACAACAGGAGGCUGGUCAUUUCUGAACUAUUAAGGAAACAAACCUGUUGCUCAAUUGUGUAGAGCUUGCAAUUAAAGACUUAAGGCUCAGGGCACCUUAGAGACAAGCAGAUCCAUCCCAGCUUUGAUUUUUAUCAGUAGACAAGCAGUAUUAUAAUAACCUCCUCCAUUGAGGGAGAAUGCAAGAUAUGCAGAGACACCUUGCCAAGUGAGAACAAGGGUCCUUGCGGCUGCUUAAGGCAGAUCUAGUCCACAAAAGCUAAUCCUGCAUAGAUCCCGGUCUGUCUCUUAAGGUGCCACAAGCCACUGUUGUUGCUGCGACAGAGCAACAGACCCCUUUGGAUUGCAGCUGUUAUUUUCCUAACGACUCAACUUUCCCUCCGUCCUUCCUGCCAAGGCCCAGCCCAGUUCUCCAGUGAUCCAAGUGGGACGCCCCUUCCAUCUGGUGGACAUGCCCGGGCUUGUCGUCUUCCCAGUCAGCGUGGUCAACCUCACAUCCCUCCAGCAGAUGGCAGCACCCGUCUUCGUCAACCUCUCCUGCACCCUUACAGGCCAGAGGGCUGCCGUGUUAAUGCGGGCACUGCCAGACAGGCAUCUGUUUGGUAAGGACCAUAGCAGUCAAGCCAUGAACGGAGGCCUGUGCCUUCAUCCGGAUGGUCACAGGGGGUAAUAUCCUGCACCAGCCCAGAGCAGACAGGUCUUGUCUCUCCUCCUAGAUCAGUGUGCUGAAGCAGGCCUUGUCAAGCAGCUUGUGGGCUCCUACCAGGUCCUCCUCUUCACCAUCUUCGCUGUUUUAGCAUCCACCAUGGUCAUCUUUCUCAGUAAGUGGAUUUGCAAAGGCAGGCACAAUAUACCCUGGAGGAACCAGGCCUUUCUGAAAGAGCAAGUGGGGAACCAGCAAGCCCACAUGGUGCCCAACCCUUCUCUCCCCCCCCCCCCACUUGCAGAAAUACUGGCCUGCCUCACAGCUUGAUGGGAAGGAUUACAUAGAUACACAAGGGAAAGCAAAGACAUGCUAAGGUGGUUGUGGGCUCUUCUUUGGAGGUUUUUAAGCAGAGGCUGGAUGGCCAUCGUUCACAGAUACUUUAGUUGAGUUUCCUGCAUGGGGUUGGACUGGAUGACCCUUGGAGUGCCUUGCAACACUAUUAUUGGACUCUGUGCUAGUGACCACCUUUGUAUGCAUUUCUUCACUUGAACUCCCAUGCUUCAAGUGGAAUAGCCCACAAACCAUAAGCGGAGUCAGCUAAAUUAUGUGAAGGGUGUUGCUGCCAGUGGUUCAGAAAAGGGCAUGGGUGGAACUAACCUUGAUGUGAUGCUUCGACCCCCACAGCCUACAAUGCCUUCCUGAGCAGAGUACAGGCAGUCCCCGUAGUGUACGUUCCCACAUCAGGCAUGGUACAGACAGGUGAGUUGAAAGGAGGUUUCCCCCAAUACUUCCUGCAUUCAUAUCAAAUGUUGCUUAUUCGAAAGUAUGUUUAGGGUGUGGUGGGGUGACCUUUGGAAUUAUCUUCGGGUGGUUAGGUCACCAGAAUGUGGACUCUGGACAAAACAUUUCCAGAGCCCGCCCUUGCAUUGCCUGGCUUAUCAGACCUCUGAUUUGUCAUCUUUGGGUUUCUUAGUCCCGCUGUGCAGCCACCCAGAGGGUUCACUUGCAGCAAUCAACAUGGCAUUUCACAACAUGGUAUUCAAACAGCCACACACAGCAGCUGGGUAGUCUUUCAACUGGCAAACCAUUUCUGAGCAUCUCUAUAGGUAGCUUCAAACAGCUCUUUCUCUUCCCACCCACCCCAUUUUAUUUCCAGGGUACCUCUCCUCUCCACCCAGCAUGCAAAAUCACUAUUCCAGUGUCAGGAACAGGACUCAGGCCUGGCUUUGGAGCGUUCGAAGAUGACCAUCGCUGGACGCAGAGGCACCUAUAAGCCAUGUGUUAAAAAGUAAACUGGUGGAAACUUGUGGCAGCUGUCUUCAUUAAAUAGGAAGGGCAGACAUAGUUGGAAGAACUUGGAAAAUAACAUGGCAAUCUGUUCUAAAGACCCUUUGGCCUUUUUACUUGGGACAGAAGCCCCUUUCAGGCAGCGGAAUGCACAGAAGUUGCUUUGUUGCAUAUCUGCUAUGUGCUGCUCAUUUCCGCAUUUUACAACAAGGUAAAGCUAUU